AUGAGGCUAGCGUGGCCAAUCCGAAGCGGCCUCGGCUCCUGGCGCUCGCCCACCUCCUCCUAUUCUGAGGCGGUGGGGAGGGCGCUUCAGCUGGUGGUGGGAGGGAAAGCGGAGGAGAGGUGGGGGGAAGCUUGGCAGCGCCGGAGCCAGACGAGAAGGCGGGCUGUGGUGGUGCCUCCUGCUCUUGCCGCGGCUGCCCUCUUCUUCCUCCUCUUCCUCUCUCUCGCUCUCCCCAACAUGGCAGGGCUGGGCAGCAGCGGCGGCGGCGGCGCCUCCGCCUUCGGGCGCUGCACGCACGCCUUGGUGCGGGCUCUGCCCGAGUCCCUGUGCCAGCAGGCGCUGAGGCGCGAGAAGGGCAAGGAGGUGGACUUGGCGCGCGCCGAGCGCGAGCACCAGCUCUACGUCGGGGUGCUGAAGAGCAAGCUGGGGCUGCAGGUGCUCGAGCUGCCCGCCGACGAGAGCCUGCCCGACUGCGUCUUCGUCGAGGACGUGGCCGUCGUGUGCGAGGAGACGGCUCUCCUCACGCGCCCGGGCGCGCCCAGCAGGAGGAAAGAGGUACCGGGGCGGGGCGCGCUGUGAGGGGGCGACUGAGGAGGGAGGGGGCGCCUGCCUCCCUCUCUCUCUCUCCGUAUAUGUGUGACUCCCCCACCGCCACCUCUAGGGCGGGGGCCGCUGCAACUUCCCACCGUGGCCAAAGGAGUGUGGAGAGCGGGAAAGCGGGUUGGGUGGGAGAAGAAGCGCCUUGGUGGGCAGCAUCUUGGGAUGGGCCGCAGAGCGUUGGCAGGCUGCGCUUUCCUCUCAGCCGGACCUGAAGGGGAAGGUCGGGGUGGGAAGCGCGCCCUGCGCGGAGCGAGGGGCUCCUGGGCGCAGCAGGCUGCCGCCGCCGCCCCGCGCGCUGGGUGUGGGGAGUGCGGUACUGUAAGGCGUGGCCGGCUGUGCUGGGAGGAGGGAGAGAUGCUGGAGGAAGAAGAUGCUCAGCACCAAGGCAUCCUCCUCUCUCCUUCCUCGUGAACUCUGAAGCCUUCCCAUCCUCGCCCGUCUUUCACCAAGCCAGCACAAUAUUGCAGAUUGGGAGAAAAAGUAGAUCUGAAUGAGGGUUUUUUGGGGGUGGGGGCAUGAAUCAGUUUUCAGUCGUGGGGCACACAGAUGCGUUCUGGCAGGGUGCUUGCUUUAGAAAUAAUUGGCUGGACUGAAACGAUAAUCUCAUUCCUUUCUUUGUGUCUUCUACCCUGCCCGCAAUUUUAGAAGAGACAGCUUUUUAAAAAAACAAAUAAAUGGGCAGGUUCUUUUCAGAAGUAGUAAUGGCUCCAAAUGAAACCACAGCAGGUUUCUUUUUAAUGAAGCCAGAUCAAGAGUGAUGCUUAUCACGUUUGCCAGGAAUAAUUAGAAACAACAACCACAGGAAACUUCACAGGUGCAAGGAAUAAAAGGUACACUUCCAUGCACUGUGGAAAAGUUGGUCAUGAAUAUUGCUUGAAGAUAUAUCUUUGUAUUCCGAGUAGGUUAUUUAAAGCACAGGUGCAUGUGCCUUUGGAAGAACAGCAGAACGUAGAAGACAUCUUUCACAUUGAUGUAUAGGCAUCUUUGUGGGGAGCGAAGUAUCCCCAUUCACUUCAUUAGGUGAAUAGUUGCUUAGCCUUCCACACCAGUAUAUAUUUCCUUUUGGUGUUUCUUCCUAAAAAUCUGUAGCUUGGUUCAGUUUUCCCAACAGGUUUCAUGCCACUGGUAAUUUAAAUGGCAUCUUACAGCACAAGUCAGCACAUGAUUACUUUGGAGAGAGUCCCAUUGUGUUCAGUGGGUCUUGCUCUCAGGUGAGUGCAGGGUGCCAUGCUCUGCUCUCUUUCAGGUGAGAGAUCACAAAGUCUCAGACAUUUCUUUCUGUUGCAAAAAGACUCUGAUAGAAAUUGAAUUUAUCCUGGACAAAGUGGUGAAUUCCACAUGUAAACAUUCAACAUUCCAUGCAUAAGUUCCAUCCGUUUUUAUUUAGGGCACAAUCCAAACUCGCACAUGCACAUCGUGCUGCCAGGGCUUUGCAAAGCGGCAGAGCUAUUGCUGCAUCUGCAGCUCUACAGCUCACACAACCAGCAGCACAAGGUCAGGGGCAAGAUGACCAAGCCUGAUGUGGACCUGAUGGCAUUGCCCAAUUGUGGUGAGACUGGCUUGGGAAUCCAGUGGAUCCUGGGCCAGCUCAGUCCCAUCUCUCCCCACCUUUGAAAUGUCCCGUUUUGGGGUCUUUUGCCCACUGACAACUCUUCCACUCACCUGCACAGUCAGUGACCUGGCAGAAGGCCAGUUCAUUAAGGAAAGCUGAGCAAGCCUAAUCCAGCCUUCUCUCUACCAGCUCAGCAAUAGUUUCAGUUGCUCUCUACUUUACAUACAGUUUGCUAUUUCAACAUAUCCCAACAAAAAAGUAUUGGUGUAAAAUGCCCCUGUAUAUAGUCCACAUUCAAAUCUAAACCAUCCUGCAGCUACCACUAAUAAUAAUAAUUAAUUCCACACUUUAAAUAACAUAAUUAAGCAACAACAAAUAAAACUAUAUGCAUGAAUAAAUAAUCACAAAAUUAAAUUAUUUAUGAAACUUAAUUGCAGUAUAUUUUGUCUAGAAAAUUUGAAUGAUAAUACAAAAUAAUACAGUGGUACCUCUGGUUAAGAACUUAAUUUGUUCUGGAGGUCCGUUCUGAACCUGAAACUGUUCUUAAGUUGAGGUACCACUUUAGCUAAUGGGGCCUCCCGCUGCUGCCGCACCGCCGGCAUGUGAUUUGUGUUCUCAUCCUGAAGUAAAGUUCUUAACCCGAGGUACUACUUCCGGGUUAGCAGAGUCUGUAACCUGAAGCGUUUGUAACCUGAGGUACUACUGUACUGGAAGGAUUUCACCAGCACACACUUCUCAUUGUUUUGGCAUUUCUGCUGCUGUUAGAAUGAUCCUUCCUCUCGAACUUCCGGGGUGGCGCCAUCGGUAAUGGCGGAUUCCCUCUGAUCCGGAGGGACUGGCUCCACGGAAAACGGGUCUUUCCCGCUAUGGCGAAGUGGGGACCCUUUGAAAAAUCACAGGCGGAUGAAGCCUGUGACCAUGGGACUCGGCGGGCACCUUUCGCGCCCCCCCAACUCGUAAAGGAACCCAGUUACGGGCUCCGGAGCGAAGAGGGGCAAGUGGCGCGGUGCUGAGAGUCAACUGCUUCUUCCGUGGAGCGAAGCCGCACAGCCCUUGCCGGAGAGUGCUGCCUUUUUCCUGGGACAAUUUGGCUAUUAAAACAACUACCCGUGAGUAGCUUAAUUUCGGACAAUUGGACUUUAAACAACGACCUGUGAGUAGAAAGGAAAAUUGGACUAAGAAAUUCUUUUCAAUUUGGCACUGAAACGGGAAGGUCUAAACAGGAAGUCAGCCUUCCGUUUCUUGUAGAUAGAUUAAAGCAAAGACAUGGCAAACUAGAGUUCAGAAAAUCGUUUGUAAAGGAUUAACUUUCAUCAUCUAAAAUUGUUGAACCCCUCUCGGAAGCAGGAGAAGAGGGGGGAUUUUUUCUGGACUGUUUAAACCUGCAGAAGAGGGUGUAAAGAAAAGUAAUUUUCCACCGUCUUGAACCUGGGAGCGGAGUGUCAAGACUGACGUUUUUGGGAAGCUCAUUGACUAUAGACAAACGUCUUUGACAGACAGUUAAAAGAAGAGAAACAUAGUGAUUCCAUUGUUCUCCUUCGCAUUUUAAAGGAACAAAUAUUGACAAAAUAUCUGAAAAAGGAAACUUUGUUGUUAGAUCUGCCUUUAAAAGAAAAGGAAAAAAAGGAAAAGAGAUGGAUACAAAUAGAAGUUCUUCCCCUAGAGGGAGCCUGUGAAACUGUUUAAAUCUGAACCGGGGAGCUCUGCAGCUGCAACAGAUUAAGAUCGUGGGAAUAGACUUCUGACCUUCAUAACAAUGUAUUCAGAAGCUCUGGUGUGUGCUUUCUGCAAAACAAGUGCCUUAUUGGAACAGUUACAUGAGAAUACGGACUUGAUGACUGUUGCGAUCAGAAAUUUUGGACAGGUUGUGGGUAAUUAUAUAGAAUCCACCCAGGAAUCAACUCAGGAGUGUGCUCUGACAGAUCAGAUGAGGGAAGAGGAUGUUGCUGGACCUCGUGUGGCAGAGAUGGAGGGAGCUGUGGCCCAGCAGGGACAUGAGUUGUUGGAUUUGACAAAUGAAAUAGGAAAAAGCCAGAUUUGGAGAGAUACAGUUUUGCUUGGUUUGGAAAUGGGGGGUUGGAUAGACCCCCCUAUGCAGGGAUGUUUUGACUCUUCAAGUCUGGCAAUGGGCCGUGAGAUGUUUGGGGAUGUGGUGGUUCUUAAUUCUGUAGGGUCUUUGAAAUAUGUUUUUAAAUACCACAUGGAGUUUAGUGUGGAAUAUGGAAAAGGGGCUGAUUUGUCGAGAAGGGACAAAAAUACUGUCAAGCUGGAGUUUCCACGAGUAAAAGGAGCAGGAGACAAAGUAAAGUACAGGUAUAAAUAUGAAGAAGAGCUGCGGAAGGGACAUGGAAGAGACUUAAGGGCCUCGGACAUAAGAUUACCAGGUUAAUGAGCUAGAUUGAUGGGAUAGAAAGGACUGACAAAACCCGGGACCAGGAGGAAGAGACGUUGGAUGAAGAUUGGAAGAAAGUUUUAAAAAAUUUUUAUUAGGAUUGUUUUAUAAAAUUGAUGAAUGUUAGAAAAAUGUUGGAACGAAAUUAUUUGGCUUUAGCAGAAAUGUUAAAAGAAUUAUGUAAGAAUAUGUUAUGGUUAUGAGAAAUUGGUAUAAAUAAGAUCUAAGUUUUAAGUUUUAGGGUCUUUUAUAGUAAGAUAAGGUUAAAAUAGAUUAAGGUAAUUUAAUGACAGAAUACUAUGAAAAAAGGGAAAGGAUUUGCUGUGAUAAUUAACAACUAGAAUACAAAAAGGGAGGAGUGAGGAGGUCAAUGAAAUAAGGUAAUGACAGUUAAGGAUUUGGGAAUAUUGGAUUUGUUUUUAAAUUUUUGUGGUUUAUUUUUGCUUUUUGAUUGUGUUGUGUUAUGUGUUUUGUUGUUAUUUUUUGAUUUUGAUUUUUAUUAAUUUGUAUUGUUUAAUCGUGGAUUGUGGUUUGUUUUUCUUUUGUUUUUUCCCCUUCUUUUUCUCUUUGUCUUUUCUGUAAUUUUAAAAUUCUUAAUAAAUAUCAUUUAAAAAAAAUUAUAGAAUGAUCCUUCCUCUCCUUCCUGCAUACUCUUCUCGGGGGGGGGGGGGGUUCUCCUGACCCUCCAGAGUGGGAGGGGGGAAAGCCCCAUUGCCAUCGAGGAAGACCUUGCAACUGACAUCCACUAGUGUACCGGGUUAGUUGAAUCUAUCCCACAGUCUCCAAAAUUAUUCACCUGCACAGUAAUUACACAACGCUAAUCUAACCAUACAACCUCCACAUAUCCAAUAACUCAUCAACCAACUCAACAACCCCAACAUCAUUCUAUCCAUUCAAUUCACACUUCAGUAAAUUAAAAAAACCCUCCCAACCUUCAACUCACCAAGAGUCCUGUGCAAAGAAUUAGGUCCACUCAAUAAGAACAGCGCAAUAACAGCAGAAAAAAGCAAACUAAUAACUUACGCAUUUCAACCCCAUCUCUCACCUGGAGCAAUACAAACACUCUUUGCCACCUUCUUAACCUAGAGAGCCCAGUCCCUUCCCCACAGGCAGAUUGCUCACCCAGAUGCAGCCACCAACACUCUUGAUGCUCACCACUUCGCAGGGAGCAUCCCUAUCAGCCAGACAAAAACAAAGACAAAUCUCUUUUAACAAUGCCUCAGGAACACUGAAUAAAUAAGCAGGUGUGAGGACUCUGAAGUGGAAACCCAAAAGGGGCGGACCUCUUUGGUGUUUUCCUGCGGUGCUGUUCACUGCACUGCAGCAAUCUUGCUUUUUUAGAUCUAUGGGCAGAUGGUGCUUGGCUGCCCAGAGCCCUCUCAGCCACCACCACGCUUCCAGCUGGUUCUGCUGCAGCUGUAGAACUUUGCAGACAGAUGAGAGACUAUUGGGAGCCCAAGUGUGGGGGCUGGCAAUAUUUUUUCUCUCCCAGUCUCUUUCCUCUACCUUAGCACAAACAAAGAAAAAGUCAGUGUUCUUCCAAUGUGUAAUUUUCAAACGUAUAUUUGCACUUUGUAGAGGAAGAAUGCUCAAACUAUUGAGAUAUAUAUAUAUUUACAGACUGCGCCCCCCUCUAUAUAUGCUUUGUUGAUUUGUUUGUAUAUACAAAUACAUCUUUCCAUUUCUUCCUCCAUAAUCUUGUGGAGAUGUGUGGUUUUUAAGACCUCAGUUUCAGAACCAGUGGAGUAGACAGUUUGGGCAGAACCUGAGUUCUAAGUUUUAAAUGAUGAUGAUAAUACGCGACCUAAAGUUUGCUUUUGUUUUCAGCAAUGUUUUAUUAACAUGAAGUCCAAGUACAUUAUAUUCUGCCCUGUUAAAUUUUCUCAUAUAGCCCAUGAGUUGUAAUUGGUUUCCAGGACGGAAGACAGUCAUGUCAAGAACCACCUCUGCAAUCCAUUCAGACAGGCAGGGAUAAGAUCAGUGAGCCAGAAAAUGAAAUAAAAGCAGUCAGCAGAGUCUGAUUUGGGAAAUGGCUGAAAUGGAUUAGCAGCUAAGGGGGGGGGGACCAGGCUGCUAAAUACAACAAAAAUCUACCAUGGAGUACUGAUUACUGUAUAUUGGGAAAUAAAUGUAUUGCAUGUAUGAAGUUAAAUGCACUUAGGUACUAUGGAAAUCUUCAGCACAUAUUUGCAGGAAUGUGUCUGUGAUUUUAGUAGGAUGUGGUUAUAUCAGUAAUUUCCAAACUGUGUCCUGGUGCAUAGUAAUAUGUUUCAGGAGACUGCUUGGAAUAAAUAAAUAAAAUAAAGUAGUUGCAGUGAGAAAUACAUUAAUUAUAUAAUUAAAUGCUCCUCUGAGCCCAAAAUACACCACCACAACAACAACAGCCCCCAUCACAUACAAUGCUGUCCGCUGCAUUUCUGUUCUGGGCUUGCCUAUAUUCCAACAGAGCCUCCACUAGGAGUAGGUAAUUUUGCCAUAUCAUAUUGGGUCAUUCAUUCACUACUAAAGCACAAAGUGGUAGAAUUCUCAUUGCCAUGAGGGGCUGCCUGCUACAUCUCUGCAUGAGUCCCUGAUCUUGGGUUUUCCUUCUUCCGAUCAGCAGGUACCCCUAGAAAUGUGAUUCAUGCAAAAAUGCGAGGGUUAGAUUAACUCCAUUUAAGGUGGGAUAUGUUCACUCAUCAGACGUGGGUGGUGCUGUGGGUUAAACCACAGAGCCUAGGACUUGCCGAUCAGAAGGUCAGCAGUUCGAAUCCCCGUGACGGGGUGAACUCCUGUUGCUCGGUCCCUGCUCCUGCCAACCUAGCAGUUCGAAAGCACAUCAAAGUGCAAGUAAUAAAUAGGUACUGCUCCAGCGGGAAGGUAAACGGAAUUUCCGUGCGCUGCUCUGGUUCACCAGAAGUGGCUUAGUCAUGCUGGCCACAUGACCCGGAAGCUGUAUGCUGGCUCCCUCAGCCAAUAAAGCGAGAUGAGCGCUGCAACCCCAGAGUUGGUCACGACUGGAUCUAAUGGUCAGGGGUCCCUUUACCUUUACUAUGUUCACUCAUCAACAUACUAAAUGUAAACAUUUUUAGGUGUAAGGGGAAAGAAUCUGCAUCCAAUAACAGGUCAGAAAGUUUUCCUCAGAUCUGAGAAUUUUCAGGAAGCACUGGAUUCCAUCAUAGGUUUGGAUAUAGUUCUCUGGAGCAUGUAUGGUUUGUUAAAGGGUGCAGAUUUCCUGUAUCUGUUACUGACCUCCCUCUACUCACCAGUGUGGUGUAGUGGUUAGAGUGCUGGACUUGGAUCUGGGAGACCAGGGUUCAAAUCCCCACUCAGCCAUGAAGCUCACUGGGUGACCUUGGGCCAGUCACACACUCUCUCUCUCAGCCUAACCUACCUCAGAGUUGUUCUGAGGAGAAAAAUGGAAGUGGGGAGAAUUGUGUAUUUGCCACCUUGAGCUCUCUGGAGAAAAGCUAGGAUAUAAAUGUAACAACAACAACAACAGCAACUCAAGCAACACUAGGGAAUAGGUUGGACAAUGGUGCUUAUAACUGAGCAGCAAAGAGAAGCAACAACAAAAAAUUUGUGGCUCCCUCUUCUCGCCUAUUGUUGCCACAAACUAGAGGGAAGCGAGUGAAAAGGAGGGAGGAGCAAUGAGUUUUCCAGAGCAUUAAGAAUAACCUUCCUGUAAUUAAAUUGCCGUGAUGUAUUAACCUAGUUUCUUUGUAAGAUAGCAGAACAUGCAUAUAUUGUAGUAAGAAAUUCAUUAUUUUUCAUGUUUAAAAUGUAAAUUAAAAAUAUUAGAUUUAUGUUUGAUUAGAUUAGCGCAACUAGGAUAUUCAAGGGUAUUUCAAUCCAUUCUGCAUCCCACCAGGUUCCUGCACAGUGGGAAAAUGAGACUUUGUUAUUAUUAUUAUUAUGAGACUGGUAUUUAAUAAACAGUUGCAAGUGAUUUAUUGUUGCAGUGGGACCCUUAUGUUCGGAAACGACUGAUUUAAAACUUUAAAUCUUAUCUGGCAUUUGGCUUUUGCCAAACCUGCUUGGCGAUAGAUCUCUCUCAGUUCCCUCAUAUAUCUCCUGAAACUUCCCACUGCUUAUGGGUGUCCAGUGGAGAAGGGAGCUGUUGGUAACAAAUUGAAAAGAACCACGUAAAUAGUAACAUGCAUAAAGUUCAAUGUGUAACAAGUUCAGUUAGUGAAGUUGAUGCUUUCUUUUAAAGGCUAACUUUUAGGUAAUAAAUUAAUGGAAAGUAAACUGCUGGCUAAGUGCUAAAGCGUAUUCAUCGGACCAAGUGAUGGACUUGGACCUAGAAAUCAAAGGCUUCAAAUUCCCUUUUAAGCACUUUCUUGGGUCAGAGUUAUUUGGGAAUGUUGCUGUCUCCAUUCUACUUACUUUCUCAUCUGUGAAACAGUUGACAAUAGAAACUUGCUCUGCAAAGAAGGUUGAAUGGAGGGUGUGCUGAAUUUCAGUGUGUGCUUGCGACAGAAGCACCUAACUGCUUUCCUUAGGGCAUUCUCAAACAAACCUUUUGCCCACAGUGGAACACAGGUUGCAAUCACCAAGCUGAACGAUUCUAGUGGAAACAGGUUGUCUGGACAAUGUGAAUAGUCUGUGUACAUUGGAGAAAGGGAAAUCUGUUUGUCUGAAUUUACACCAAGGGUUUUUUUACCCACAAUUCAUGACAAUUCUGCUAUAGUAAUGAGACUGAAGGUCUUGUUUCCAACCGUUGCGACUGGAGAGAGCAACAGCUAUAGUGAUGGUGAGGGGUGAUAUAAAAGAAAAAGAGUCCAGUCCACAGAGGAGUUUUGGCAUUGUUUAAGCCGCUUGGAGAUUAUUUAGUCGAAAGGCAGGUAUAAAUAUUUAAAGUAAAUGAAUUAAUUGAUGGUUCUUGGGUUAGACAACAGAUAGUCCAGCUUUGACUGGAGCCAAACCCUGAUGAGUCCUGUGGUUUAGGUUGUCAUGUUGAUCAAAGGCAGCAAUUUUACAGCAAUUCCUGUAAAAAAUUGUCUAUAUUUUUGAGUUCUGAAAUCUGCAGAUUUUAUUUUAAAUGAAAUUGGUUGAUUUAAUCUGUUUCAAGGAAGAUGAUUUAUCAGCUUAAAAUUCUGUGAUUGGUUGGCAGCUCUCUUGUGUAUAUACAGAUGCAAUAUCAGUUCAAUAUCAAGGAGUCUCACUAAAAAAGGAAACAGGAUAUGCUAUUUCCAUCAUAUAUGCACUGUUACACCUUUAGUUCUCUCUUAAUUUGAACAUCAGCCCAAUUCCAAAAUGUCCAAUAACGUAUGGAAAAGCUAAGCACUCCAUAGGGUUGAAGUCCACCCCCCAUGCCGUUACCACUUUUACAGCCGGAUCCUACUCAGAAGCAAGGCCUAUUGAGUUCAGUGGUGCUUACUCACAAGUUAGUCUGCCUGUGGUUACAACACUGGGAUUUCAAAGGCAGACUUGAUGUUCGAGGGGGGGUGGAUUUCCAAAAGGUUGCUUUGUCCUGAAUCUUAGGAAAGUCAAUCGAAAAAUCGUGGGGGUUUUGGGGGGCAUUUUUGUAAAAAAAGAGAGAGAGAGAGAGAAGCAGCUUUGGGGUUUGUCUAAAGAAAAGCUCCUUAAAAAUGCUCAACAACUUUCAGGGUGUCCUGGUUUUUACUUUUUGAAAUAUGGCAAACCUUAUUUAAGUGUGACACAAACAAUGUAUUAAGUGAUUCUGGGUGAGAGACCUGAAUUGGUAGAUGACAAUUUCAUUAUCCUGCUAUAUGCACUCAUUGUUAUUGUAUAACUGGAUAUGUUAUUUGAAACAUUGGGUGACUGCUAAAAACAUGUUUCCCCCCCCCUCCUUUCCCCCAUAAUGUGUUGGACUUCUUACCUGGUUUUGUGAAGAAGAGGAGUGCAAAGAGGGGGAAAACAGUAGAGAUGACUUCAAGUGGAUGGUGUUAACAUAAUUUGUACUAUAACAUGUUCUAAAGAAAACAGUUCAAUAUAAUGCAGAUUAUAAGUUUUACAUGAUUGUUUAUGUAAUUUGAAAAGGCAGAUCUCAUCAGGUCCCACCUAACGUCAAUCCUUUUGAGGCUGCAGGUCCAGAUACACUGGUUCCAGAUUUGAACUCACCUGGUGGGACCAGAGUGCUCUGUUUCUGUUCUGUUAGCCUUUACUGAAGAUGGAGAUUCUUAGGUGAGCUGCAAGCUUAAAUUGCGUGUGCCAAACCUUCAACAUUUAGGGUUUUUUUGAAUGCUAGUAGGGUCCCAUCAGGGAAAAGAGAAGAAGUGGAUUCAAGCACCUCAACUCAGGCUCUGCAUCCUUUUCUUUGAUAUUGUACUAGGAAGCAUCCAUUCUGAGGACAGCUUUAAAUGGAUUAAGUAGUACUACUCAGAACUGUGAUAUGUGUGAUACAGUUUGUGAAGUUUAUCAUAUGUCCUGAAAGCUCUGUGCCAAGAGAUGAUUAAGAAUAAGGUUGUUAAUAAGAAGAAAAAAAAACUAAUGAAAGUGUUGGCCAUAUGCUAACUUCCCUAUCAUUAAUUAGAAUAAUUAACUUCUUUACAUUUCACAUUAGUAGCAGCAGUAGCUCCAGUCACUGGCAGAUCAUUUAAAAUAGACUCUCUGCUGCACAAUUGGCUGUGGUCCAUCAGUAGUUCCAUGGGGAAUUAGCACUUUACAGUAGAUCAAACCCAAGAGAUGCAAACUCAGGCUGAAAUUUUCUAUUAUCACUUUUCAGUAUUUAUGUCCAAGCUUAAGUAUACCAGUAUGUACACUUGGUGGAAUGUGUGUGUCUCUAUUUCCCCCUCUGUUGCAUUUAGACAUUACUAUGCUCUUGCUCUUUUCCCUGUCUCAGCUAGGAGGCAGGCUUCUAAAACCAUUUAAAAAGCAGUAGUGGUACAUACCAGCCUAGAAAAACCUGCAGGGCAGGGGGAACCUUGGGAAAUGGCUCAGUUCAUUCCAAAUCCAAUUCAAACCCUGUCACACUCCCUAUGAUAUAAUCAGGAGUGUAACAGAGUCUCACUGUCCCACCCAACCUACAAGAUGCAGAAGUCCUCUGCAUGGAGAAAAGGAUACCUGUAUGCAAGCUAACACUGACAAGUAGACCAAUUCCUGAGGUAACAGUGAUGGCCUUACAGCUAUGUUCUGUGUGGGGCUGGAGAGGCUCAGGCUCACUGGCGGAGGAAGAGGAGUGCGGGGGGAGAGCCCUGCCCCCAGCAGCAUGAUCACGACAGGGUGCCAUUGCGGCCUCCCUCCCGCCCGUGCUGGGUGCCCCGCCCCCGCAGGCAGCGUGCCACACCCCUGCGGGCAGCACACCCCGCCCCCAGGAUGCGCGCCAGCCCCGCCCCUGCCUGCUCUCCACCCCCGGUGACAGAGCAUGAAGCUCCGCCACUCCUCAGGCUUAAAAGCCUUCUGCUCUAGCAACCAAAUGCUAGAACAAUGCCUUUGUGCUAUGUGGCUGUUGGCUCUGGCUAACUAGUUGUAAACAUCAGGAGUCAGCAGACUUUUUCAGCAGGGGGGCUAGUCCACUGUCCCUCAGACUUUGUGGUGGGCCAGACUAUAUUUUGGGGGGGAAAUGAACCAAUUCCUAUGCCCCGCAAAUAACCCAGAGAUGCAUUUUAAAUAAAAUGACACAUUCUACUCAUGUAAAACAGCAGGCAGGCCUCUCAAAUAACCCAGAGAUAUAUUUUAAAUAAAAGGACACAUACUACUCAUGCAAAAGCACGCUGAUUCCCGGACCGUCUGCAGGCCAGAUUUAGAAGGUGAUUGGGCCGGAUCCAGCCCCGAGGCCUUAGUUUGCCUAUCCAUGUGUUAACUGAACACUGCCUAUCUUAUUGGUCUUUGGGCUUGCUUCACACUUCCUUCAGGCUUUGUAUCUCUUAUUUGUCCUUAUAGGAGUUAUUGAUCCUGUGUGUGUUUUGCGCAGGUGUGUGUUUGGGUGUUGUUCAUUCAUAGCAAGGGAGGACUGAGUGUCUAAUUUACUUGUUUGCAUUUACAUAGCAUCAUCUAUAUUCUCUCUUUAGAAAGAACAAGUAUCAUAGGUCCCCACUACCAGGGGCUUACGGCUUAUGGUGGACAGAUCCUCUGUAAUUUCCAUGAGGGCAGUUUUUUGUGGGAUGCAGGGGUAAAAAGCUAUUUUGAAGGGUUGUGUGUCAAAGGACAGCUGCAGGAAAGAGAGUUUGGACAGUAAGUAGCACAUGCCAGGAGCUUGGAGAUAAAGCGUAGAAGGAAAAGUGCUCAAUAGCUGGAGUGGGAUGAUGGGUUUUUGGUUUUUUGUUUAGAACAGGGGAAAAGUGAAGUGCUUGAAUAUCCAUGUGUCUUCCAUCUAAUAUUUACUUGGUUGGUUCCCUUUAUUUUUGUACUUGAAUAUGUAUACCUAUGGUGCAUCCUUUUGGAUGCAGUUUUUGUGCGUGUGUGUGUGUGUGUGUGUGUGUGUGUGUAGAAUUAGGUAUCUGUCUCCACAAAGCCCAGCUGAUCUUCUUCUGCACACCUAAUUCUACAUACACACACUCAUCACAUUUGACAAGGUACGUGUUUGUUUUUUUAUCACGUGCUGUGAAUGCCUGAAUACAAAAAGGGAAAAUGAAGAACAGCUCAUUGAUAUACAACCUGUUUUCGAAGCAAUGUUUCUUCUGCUCUUCUCUCAGAGAAGGCCAACGUAAUUAUAAUUACUUUAACUGUGAGCAUUCUCAGGCCAUCAUACAUGGUGAAACUGAGAUUUUCUACAUAAAGUUUUUUUGUUUGUUGGUCUUUGUGAGCAGAGCUGUUGAAAUUGGAAAGAAAAUAGGUGUGUGGCUUUGUAUGUUGAACCCAUUAAACUAACAAGCCCCACUGGUGGAAACUUGCACAAGGACUAGUCACUAGAGCAACAAGGUUUCCACCCUAUCCUCCCCAUGCCCCCCCCAAAAUUGGCUCAGAGUGAGAGAACCCCCACUACAGCAGGAAGGAGAAGAGGAGACAUUGUUCCAUCAGGCAAGCUGAAAUUCUUGCAUUGAUGGAGUGAUUGCCAUAGUGCUACAAUGAAUUCUUCCACUGCUGUUCAAUAAUAAUAAAAAUACUGAAGGAAAAUGUGCAGGAAAGAGCAGCUAUAGCAUGGAAAAGAGAACAUCGGAUUUCACCUUAUUCUAACAUUUACUCUUCUAGUGCAUAAUAAACAACAUCCAGCUUUCAGUAAACAUAUCAACUGAAACCCAUAUUCAGGCCUUCUGCGAUGUAAUUUGGACCUAAGUGCACUGGUCCAAUGCCAUUCUAGAUUGAUAGAGCUAUGCUGCCUAUAUAUAUAAUCCUAGCCAAGUCUACCCAGGAGUAAGUCCUGCUGAAUUCAGUGGGGUUUAUUCUCAGAUAAUGUGUUGUCUUUGAGUUUCUUCUCAUCCAGUUUGGUGCAAUGAAGGUAGUACAACUGGCCAUGUAGCUUACAAAAUAAUGGUCAGUUUGAUGCUACAAGUCCACUUGUUCUCAGCUCCUGUAAUUACUGUGUAGGAGGUUAAUCUAUGAUUAAAUCAAUAGUUGAUUGAGUAUACCAAUAAUUUGAUUUGAAGAUUGCAGACUUAACAUGACGACAUAUACUUUAUCCAGUUUGGUUUUGUAACAAAGAUUUUAGGCAAGAGGUUUUUUUGUUUUUUUUAAAGGUAGUAUGUGAUUUAUGACAUCCUGAAUUUUGGGCUGUGCUCCUUUUAAAAAUGUGACUGAAAAGUAACUGUUUAUUGUGUUAAAAAAUGCAUUUUGAGAACCUUGUAAAGAAGAAGAAAAGGUGGCAAGAAUAUGGUUAACAUGAUACAGUCUAUUAGCCAUUUCACCCUUCUAAGUUAGCCUGUAUUUAUUCACCCAUGAAAUAUGAACAUUUGGCAAGGCAUUUUGACAAUGUACUAUAUGAAUAGCGCAAUCAAGGUUACUAACCUUGGGGUGCUCAAGGUUAUCUGCUUAAGAAAAUGUGUCAUCAGAUAUCAGGCCUAAUUUUGUGGUUGAAUCUCUGGUAUGAAGUGAAAGACUAGCAUUCAGGAGAAAGGGAAAAUUCAGCAAAAAUGGAGCUGCCUGAGCCAGAAGCUUUUUGAAAAGGUAAUUAAGUAAUGAGUUUCUGUCAUGUUUGUGGAGGAAAGAAAAUAAUUUGUACAAGUAACCAUGUUAAUUAUGCUUUCUGGCAUAAUGUUAAAUAUUUUAUUAGAUGUCCAAGGGUUUCUUCAUAAAACAUUGAUCUAACAAAAGCUAUGGGACAUUUGACUGUGGCAAAGCUUUGCAUAACCAAUGUCUACAAAAGAAGGGAACUAGAUAAGUGAAAGCUUGUGGGGGGGGGCAACAGAAGACCCUGAUUGGGGGGCGGGGGAGGAAGCAAAACAAAUGUAUCCCUAUUCAUUUCUCCUGAGAGCUGAAAUGGAAAAACUUAAGAACGGGGAUAUGAUUUUAAAUAAAACAUUAUUAUGCCUUCCAGAGUGAUGUAUGAAAUAUGUUUAAAGGAGUCUGUUAUAAUGUUUGCAGCUAAUUCUCAUUGCUAACUGAAAAUCUGUUGUAUUCAAGUAGGGUUGCCAUACAUCUGGAAUUUCCUGGACAUAGCCAGAAUUUGGCUGUCAGAAACUGUGUCCGGACGGAAAUCGCUGAAUGUCCAGGAAAAUCCCAUGCCGGAGGUGUAGAUUUAGGUGAAGUGUAGAUCUUUAGCUCAAAAACUUUUGUGUCCAGAUUUUCACAUUUUGAAAUAUGGCAACCCUAAUUCAAGAUUCAAAGGUCGUUUUGUUAAUGAUCGUUACUGCAUUACUAAACAAGUACGGUAAUGCUUUGGGACUUUGUGCUGGAAAAUCACAUCCAAAUGUUCCAGACUACAGAACGCCAGGUUGCUGAAGUUGCAGUUUGAAGCAGAAGAGUAGAAUGGGGGCGGCGGGAAGGAAGAGGGACCUCUUAGCUCUUUCCUCAUGUAUAGGAAAAGAAUAAAUAAACUACAUAUACACAAUGCGUGCAUAGAAUACUCUUCCCUCUGUAAUUGUACAAACUCUAUUGAUGUGACUCUGGCGGCCCCAAGCCCAUACCUCUUAACAGUCCCGAUUUGAGUGGGGCAUUCCAGAAUUGCAGAAGCCAUCCUGGCUUCUGAUUGGAUCCUGGAAUGUCCCCCUAUUUUGGGUGUUGGGCGUUCUGGUAUGAGUCGGGUGGCUCGCGCCAGAGCACCCAACCAAAAGCUGCAAUUUUUUGCCUCUCAUGAAUCAGCUGGCUGAGGACCAAAUAACAACCGUCCCAAUUUUGAUCAAAGUGGGGUUUGGGAGGGAAUGCAAGACAUGACAAAGGGCACCAACUUGUAGGAAUGCUUCCAGGGCCCAAUAUCUUGGACUGUGGACCAGGCUAGACCCUAGUAGGCAAAUUGCUAGAACUUUCAGCACCAGAAACACAUGAAAUCAAAGCCUACGUGGUCACUCAAUCCCUCUUACUUCAGUUGCCAGUUAAUUCACUUAGAAAAACCAGCAUGGAAAAGAUUGCAAAGCUUUAGGUAAGGAUGGCUCCUGCUCUUCAAGAUAUCCCAGAGAGGGGAGUGAAGCCUGGGGCUGGCAGUGUGGCAGAUGACUCCCUUUGGUGGGCACUUACAUAUAACUCCCUACAAAUGAUGCUUUUCAGAGCAGUUGCUAUCCUUGAGGAUGUGUGCUCCCUCCAGUUCCCAUCCUCUGAUACAGAUUUUCUCCCUUCCCUUGCCAGAAAUAGCUGGUAUAGCAUCACCAGUUCUUGAAGAGUGAAAUUAUGGUACCUGGGCAGGUGGCAGCACCUAACCAGGUGUUGAUCCAUCAGUGAAACUGUUCACAAUAUGCAUUCUGUGGUCAACAAAUUAAGUACUUAGAAAACACCCAAUGUGCAUUUCUUUUCCUGAUCCCAGACAGAAAUGCUCACUCACACCCUUUCAUGCAUGCACAUGUCCUCAAAACAUUGAGGUCACAAAAGGACCCAGAAUCACAUCGUGUCCACAGCAGAAGAUAGGAGGGAAGUUAUCUGCAUUGCUGAUGCUCCCAUUACAUAAAGAAUGCUGAAUGUGUGCUGGCUGUGGUUCAUUUUGAAGGGUUUUCAGCACACAAAACCAUCUUUGAUGGUUUGGCUUCCUUGCCAAAUGCAUAUAUAUGCAGAAAACGCUUUUACUUGCUGGCAAAGAUCUUAUACAGAGUGCAUCUCACGCCUGUUUGUAAAAACGCAUACGGACCAGGGCAUCUGUAGUUGGACGUGCUAAUGUAUGGUUCAGAUACAUUAGAUCCCAAUUCAGCAAAAGUUAGUUAUGACUUAAGUCCCACUGAAAGCAAUGGAACCUAAGAUAGUCAUGACUAACUUGUUCCAAUAGCGUGUAGUAAUAACUAACUUUAACUGAAGUCCAAGAAAUCUUGCUUUGAGAGCUCAUGGUGUAUCUUCAUUCAGGAUAACAGUUAUGUAACAUUUGCCGUGUUUUUGCACUCCGAGCGACACAUCUCCCUGGUUUUUAAUGAUAAACAGAAAUCAUAAAUUUAAUAACACAGUAGCCUUUAAUAACAUUGUAAACCAGGAAGGCUAAAAGAGCAGAAGAAAGCAAAUUCUAAUAUCCUAAAAAUUAAGCUAUUUAAUUUUCCACUGAAACUGAGUUUUGGCCUGGACAAAUAAGGAGCAGAACGAAAGUGCCAAAAUACCACAAGAGUGUCUGCUGUUGUCUGGCCUAACCAGAAGCAGGAAAUUCUUGCAAGAUCCUGUCUCCUGAGAUUGUCAGCCAGCUCUGAGGCUUGCCUGUUGCUAGUUAUUAGAGAGCAAGGAAUGUAGCUGAAUGCAGCAUCUCUGAAGAUGUAAAAAGCAGUGGGUCGCUGGACAUCUUUUUUGCAUUUUUAAGGAAAUGGCCUCUAGGUUUUUGCUUUCCCCUAUAGCAUGUGGCACAGCUUGCUUGUUCUGAGCCAUCUGCCUUUGUUUUAUUAAAACGUCUACUGUUUAUCCUGCAGCCACUUCACUUGUUCCUUCCUCUCCUGUUUGUAGGACAUUUUAAUCUGGAUGUGAUGUGUUGUAUGUUAAAUGUUGGACAACAAUGGGGAUUGAAAUGGUACCUGUGUUUCAGACCCGCCAAAUGUCCCUGCUUUCCGGUGACAGUCCCUAAUUUACAGAAGCCGUCCUGGUUUCUGAUUUUAUCCCAGAAUGUCCUGCUUUUCCUUAGGAUGUCCCUAUUUUCAUCAGAGAAAUGUUGGAGGGUAUGAAGUUAUCCGACCCUUGAGCCAUCUGAAGUCAGCCCUGUAUAGGGAAGGGGUUUUUUAAUGUUUAAUUAUGUUUUUAUAUAUGUUGGAAGCCUCCCAGAGCAGCUGGGGAAACCCAGUCAGAUGGGCAUGGUAUAAUUAAUUAAUAAUAAUAAUAAUAAUAGAAUAUGACAUCCCUAUUUUCACCAGAGAAAUGUUGGAGGGUAUGGUGUCUUGAGAAGGAUUAGAUUAGCAGAAUUGAUUUUUGUUUUGUACGAAAACUGCAGCUGUGACACAAUUGUGCAGUGGGAUUUCAUUUUAUUUUUGAGCAUUUUCACAGGAGACAUUAUACAAAACUACAUAACAGAAGCUGGAUAUAUGGGAAAGGAUAAACCAUAGGGGAAAUGGGCACUGGACAAAGCACCUUUAUGCUCAUGAUUUGGUGUGCCACACUCUUCAUCAGUGAUGUACAUGGAGUGUUAGCUUAGGCUGGGGGCAGGUUGAUACCUCUUGGGUUAUUAUGUUAUGCAGUUUAUCAGAAGGCUAUGGCAAACCAUUUUUUAAAAAAAAUCUGUCUCCCAGACUGCCUCUGCUAAACGAAUAUUGCUCAGAAUCCUUCAUUUAAUAACCAUUUCCUGCAGCACCAAAGCCCAUACUGUGUAGGAAUUUCCAGAAUGGCACUUGUAGUCACUCUUCCCCUGGUUGCCACAGAGGCUCUGAUCCUUCCCUCAGUGGCUCCUUUGUCAUGAGGUGGGUGUGGGGGUUACCUUUCAUUGAAAAGUACAUAGAGGUGAAGGACAAAUUUGGAAGUAAUACCCUUUCCAACUUCAUCUUCAAGCUGUAUGUGUUUUCAUAUAUAGCCCAUGGCAAAGUGUAGUGUGUGUGUGUGUGUGCUUUAUCUAUUUCUCCCUUGCUGUGGGAAGGGGACUGAUAUGGGGGCAGGAAACAGAAGUGACCAGAUAACUUCUCCAAGGUAGUCCUAAGGUUUGUGGGUGUCAGGAAUAUAUUCGGCUUGGAGAGAGCUCUACUCAAGUGACUAGCAGCUUGUGAUCGUAAACAUUUAUGUUGAUUGCCAUUGCUAUUGCAACAUUCCUAAAACCAUUAUUUUGUGAUGUUGUGCUGUUUUGCUGAUUGACAGUGCUGUCAGUCUCAUCCUAAGGCUGGGCUGAAUAACUGACAGUUGAAACAUUCCUUUAACAAUAUUAUAAUGAUCUCCAUUUAUCUUGAUAGUUUGUUUGUAGUAAAAGGUGGAGCUUGGAUGUUUAGGAUUUCUUUUCUACUUUUUUUUUCUCCACUGCUUCUUUUGUUCUAAUAAAAUUAAGUAGGAAGAUGCCAAGGAAUGGUAGAUGUAACAUUGUUGUAAUAUUUUUUUCUAGCGUUGAUGCCGUAUGACAGCUUUUAAUUAUAGCCAGCUACUUACUGGUAUAGUGACCAAGCAGUAAAAUACAGUGGGAAGUUAGUUUUCUGUAAGUACUAUUGAAAUUGAUGAAGCAAGUUAGUUACAAUUAACAGAAGUUUAUAAUUGAUUCCAACAGGUGCUGUCACAUUUUGAAUUAGGGUAUAUCCAAGCCCUGUCAAAGGCCUUAUCAAAUAAAAUAAGAAACAACAGGGAAGUGCCUGAUUGCGCUUGUAGCAAGGAAGCCUCUGAUUGGUUGGCCUGGUCUGGUGCUGUAGAAUGUACAUCGCCAUUCUAAGUGCUUAGCAAAAUAUCUGCGAGGGAACAGAAAUUUCUGCUAUACUAGAAAUAUAUAAUAGAAAUUUCUGUCUGUGUAUGGUUUUACUCACAGUAAAGCCAUACAUAGACUUUAGGUGUAGCAGAAAUUUCAUUGGGCUGUCUGAGAGCUUGAAAUAGAUGCUGAAAAAUAGGGGAGCUAUGGGGCAGGUUGCCCAGUGAGGCAAGGUGGCAGAAGCAAGGGUUCACAGUAAACAACAGACUGAGAAACAGAAGCCGAAGGGGGGCUCUGAUAAAUGGGUGGAGAAGGCAAAUGCUAAAAAGGAAGGUGGGACUGAAUUUCACAUCUUGAAUUAAAUAAAUCAGCCAGUUCUUUGGCUGUGGUAUUAAAGAACUCUUAGAAGAAAUUCAUGUGGUGGAACUAAACAUGAAGUCUGUAAGCUCCCUUUCAGUGUCCUUGCCCAUUCAGAUUAUAAAACAGCUCUGGAGCUCUCAUGUUGCAUAUUUUAUUUUAAUUGAAACAUUUCAACAUCUGUAUACAAACAGUCGUGGUUUUAUACUUUAAGUUCAAUUAGGUUUAUUGAACUAAAAGUUACUAUAAGAGAAAAUGUUCUGUGCUUUGUAAAUCUCAGCUUCCAUGAAGAAUGUUAGUUCCAGAUGUUAAACUGUUGUUUUUUCAGAAGCCUUGUUAAGUUGCCAGAACGUUUUGAUUUUUUGAAUGAUUUUCCAAACCCCAGCUGAUUAUCACAACAUGUAGGAAUCCAAAUUCGGAGUUUGGCUAUGAAGUCAUCUCAGCAGCUGCAAGAAAUAUGUGUGAAGAGACAGGUUCACAGAAUUAUCCUCCGAUGCCCUUAAAAGGUUUAAGAAAAAGGUAAAUGGCUCUUCCUGCUCUGCAUAACACACUGCUCCUGGUAUUUCAUCAACAUUUAAAUCUACCACUUUUGCAGCACAUAUUAAGCUUCAUUAAUUGUGUAACAUGUUUAUGGUGUGUGCCAUAGCCCAAACUUGUAAUGCUUAGGACCCCACCCCGAAAUUAACAGUUCAUGCUUUGAAAUUAACGGAUUACAUUGGGGUACUGUUUUAAGUAUGGCUUGUUGAUAUUGCAAGAUGAUCUAUGAAAGACUGAGUAAAAGUAAAGAAUCCCUGACCGUUAAGUCCAGUCGUGGACAACUCUGGGGUUGCGGCGCUUAUUUUGCUCUAUAGGCUGAGGGAAACGGCGUUUGUCUGCAGACAGCUUCCGGGUCAUGUGGCCAGCAUGACUAAGCCGCUUCUGGAGAACCAGAGCAGCGCACAGAAAUGCCAUUUACCUUCCUGCCGGAGCGGUACCUAUUUAUCUACUUGCACUUGAGGGGGACCGAGCAACGGGAGCUCACCCCAUCAUGGGGAUUCGAACUGCCGACCUUCUGAUCGGCAAGCCUUAGGCUCUGUGGUUUAGACCACAGCACCACCCACGUCCCAUUAUGAAAGACUGAACUUUGGCUCAAAACAAUGGUCUGGUUUGGAGUAAUGUCGUUGCUUAUGAGAAACCUGGUUUGUGAAGCCAGGAACAAGCAUCAGACUUGUGUUCUCCCUCUCUCCUCCCCUCUCACGUGACACAUUGGUACAGAGAUCCUGCUUUGUUUUAAAGCCAGAGUUCCCCACUACACCCCAAAUGGAUGUUACAUUACUUAACUAAUCAGGGUAUUAAUCCAGAAUACUGAUCAGGAUAUUAAUCCAAGAAGCAAAAGUCACGUCAGAAGAAAAGAUGGAAGGAGGAGGCAACCAAUUAAAGAGCUAGUGAGCUAGGAGCAACUUCAAACGUGUCUUGCUGAGCCACACAGGUGGGUACUACAAAUGCAUUAUAUUACAGUGGUGCCUCGCAAGACGAAAUUAAUCCGUUCCGCAAGAGUCUUCGUCUAGCGGUUUUUUCGUCUUGCGAAGCAAGCCCAUUGACGGAUUAGCGCUAUUAGCGCUAUCAGCUGUUUAGCGGCUAUUAAAGGCUUAAAGGCUUAGGGAUUAGCUGCUAAAAGGCUAUUAAAGGCUAUUAAAGGCUUAGCAGAUUAGAUAAAGGGGGAAAGCGAAAAAAAUCUCAAGACUCGCAAGGUAUUUUCGUCUUGCGAAGCAAGCCCAUAGGGGAAUUCGUCCUGCGAAGCAACUUCAAAACGGAAAACCCUUUCGUCUAGCGGUUUUUCCGUCUUGCGAGGCAUUCGUCUUGCGGGGCACCACUGUAUUUGGCACCAAUGGUAUCUGUAUAAGCAAGAUUCAUUCUGAAUUGAACACCUACUCUUCCUCAAAAGUCUUCCAAUGGCAUACUCAAUUUCAUUAUCUUCCACAAUGCAACCAUUAUUUGUUUUGUGGGAUGGGUGUAUCCAAACCAGACCAUUGUUUUGAGCCAAAGUUCUUGUUUGUAUUCAUUGAGAGAGAACACAAUAUAUCUUGUAUGUAUCAAAUAACAUUUAAAAAAACCUACGGUUUUGACCCCAUCAUUACUACAGGCCACUCUCCAUUCUGCUGAGCCCAUUUUUCCUCUGAUAGGUUUUCUUUAGAUAUACAACAUACCACAUCAAUAACGCAUUGGACAAGAAGCAGUUGUGUAAAUUAUCUGCAUUUAUGUAGAUUAGAAUAAAAGUUAGCAGCUUGCCCAAUAAAAUCCUGGCUGAUUUGCACUCGGAUCAUCCAGAUCUACCGGUGGCCAUGCAAACUUCUUUCUUUAAAGGGACAUAGUUAAGAUUAAGUUGCUGGGGUAUUUGUAAAAGGAAUAACAUCUGGAAGAGAGCUAGAUGUGAAAGUAAAAUCAUUUAAGGCUAGCCUGCAUUUUCCAAUGAAGUCACUCAUGCCCGUGAAUGCAAAAUUUACUGCUUUGUGGAAUGCAGGUUAUUUCCCGCCCCCCAUGCAAAUAUCAACAAGGGAUCCCAGUCAAGAUAUGAAGCAGCGUCUCUGAGUGAUUAUCUGUACUCUUGCCGCAUCAUCUCAUUAGGUAGCUAUUCCCCACACCCCCUCAACAUGUUUUUAAUGAUUAGAAUUUCCAAGGUUGGCGGUUCAAAUUCACGUGAUGAGGCGAGAUCCCUUUGCUCUGUCCCAUCUCCUGCCAACCUAGCGGUUCAGAAGCACACCAGUGCAAGUAGAUAAAUAGGUAUCGCCACGCUGGGAAGGUAAGCAGAGUUUCUGUGUGCUCUGGCUUCUGUUGCGCCAGAAGUGGUUUAGUCAUGCUGGCCACAUGACCUGGAAAGCUGUCUGCGUUUUGAGUCAUUGCACAUUGACUUCCAGUUGCAGUUGCCAUUCAUGGAGACGCUUUUGGAAAUGCGACACUACUGGCAAAAUGAGGAUGAGUCAGCCUUUUUUUUGCAUGCUGCUGUGAGAACAGCUUUAAUGAGUGUCCAUAAUGGCAUCCCAAAAUAAAUAAAUAAUGCAAGCCCCUGUUUCCUCUGAAUUCUGCAUCUGGCACCAGCAUUCGCAUGACUAUUUCAUUCCAUUUUACAUGGCAGUCCUGUCUAUCUCAUGACUACAGUGCCUGUCAUAUCAAUAAGUCCUUAAGGCUGUCUCCAUUGCAAUCUUUCGACUCACUUUGAGAACCCUUAUUUUAUUCUUGUCCCUGGUUUGCAUAGAGUAGUUUUGAAGCAUUUUCAGCCAGAAGUACAGUUGUUCUAAUUAAGAGGAACAGAGAUCACUACUUUGUCAAAAAAGCAAGAUUUAGAAGAGUUACCUGGGUGUAAGUCCUAUGUGGCAUUGAGAAGAGAGACGUAGGAUUAAUAGGCAUUUGUUUUUUCUCCAGGCAUCAACCGAGUUGGAGGAAUGUACGCAGCUUAGCUUUCCUCUGAUAUAAUAGUUUCGAAGAGAUCAGGGUACAUUUUGCCGUAGUGUCUAGCAAUAUGAGUUUAUUCAGGCCGUUUGGCAGACAACCCUGUGCUAAAAACUGUGAAUCAUCCAUUGUUGGCUGAAUCCACUCUAGUGACUAGUUGCUAAGAGAUUUAUCAAAUGUUCACAAAAGCUUAAGACUGUGUUUGCUCCAAGGAAGGAUAGAUGUAUAAAAACCGAAAGAUUUUUCACCUAUUUUCUAAACAAACAACUCCCUUUCUGUUGUUAUAAGCUGAACUGUAAUUAAAUAGGCAAGCAGGGAUAUUUCUUGCUACAUGGGGUUCGCAGUUCACGAUUUGCUAGGGAGGAGAAAAAUUAAUGCAACCAUUUUUUUAAAAGCUACACGUAAGCCACCUGAAGCUGCCCUAGACCACACAUGUAUUGGAAAACGUCACUGUGAAUCAGAUUGUCUAGACACACAACCAGAAGUAUUUAUUUCACUUGUGACAUCACUUCCCACUUACAGGAGCUUUUGUAGCAGUUCCAAUGUAGAGUGUGUCUCACCUGGACUUUCUCUUAAAAGCUAUAUGAAAUGGUUGCUGUGUUGAUCAGAUUUUCCCCCCACUACUUUUUUUUUACAGCCGAGUAUAUCAUAGUAGGAAAGAAUGAAACCUCUUUAUAGAGCCCUAUAGCCCCUUGAAAUGAAUAGUCUUCUUAACAAAGGAAAAGCAGUUUCUUUUCUCUGUUUGUCCUUUUUGUUUGUUUGGCAUUGGUCAGAGAAUGCCAACCCCUCCCGUCAUCCAGCGUGACUGGUUUUGUUUCCUUCCAUUUUUCAUGGGUGGUUGUGAACAACUUGUGUUGGUCUACUUUUUACCCUACCCAAUGCAACCAUGUGUUCUGAAAGGCGUGUCCAGAUUUAUCAUUAACUAGGAAGGUCGUCUACAUAGUAACAGAAGCAGAUUUAGACUACAGUCUUAAAACACAGAAAGGAAAAUGCAACAUUGAAACCAGUAGAAUCUUGUUCUGAAUAAGCAAGGACUGUGCUUGCAUCUGUCUAAGUUGCCAACAGACUAGUUUUCUAUCUUCAAUGUUGGGGGGGGGGGGACACACCACAACCCACAUCUUUAUGCAGAGGUCUAGGUUUACUUUAUACAACACACACUAUUUUCUUUAAUAAAAGUUUUAGGAAAAUAUAGAGCUUUGGGGUUAUUGAUAUAUGUUUAGACGGGAAGGUACUGUAGGGGAAAAUACUAUAGCCCACCCUUAGGCUUCCUGCCAUGUCUCCUUCUUUCCUUUUGUUAUGUUUCUGGCAGCCUCCCUACACAAGUUUAUUUAAAUUUUGAAAAGGUAAAGGACCCUUGACAGUUAAGUCCAGUCGCGAACGACUCUGGGGUUGCGGCGCUCAUCUCGCUUUACAGGCCAAGGGAGCCAAUGUUUGUCCACUUCCGCAGACAGUUUUUUCCGGGUCAUGUGGCCAGCAUGACUAAGCCGCUUAUGGCGAAACAAGAGCAGCACACUUGACGUGCUUUUGAACUUCUAGGUUGGCAGGAACAGGGACCAAGCAACGGGAGCUCACCCCAUCAUGGGGAUUCAAACUGCCGAUCUUCUGAUUGGCAAGCCCUAGGCUCAGUGGUUUAGACCACAGCACCACCCGUGUCCUAGGUUAUUUAAAUUAGCAAUAAGUUAUUUGAACUUAAUCUUGGCUUCCAUUGAUAAAAAGCAAAAGUUUCGCUGGAAUCUCAGUGAAAAGGUAUCACACAUUAUUCUCUAAUAGCAAGUGGUAUGAAGGUGUAUAGAUAUAGAUAUUCUUUCCAGUUCUUCUGAGCCCUUGCAAACCAUUGGGAUACAAAGAUGGGAAGUAAAUUAUGUACAUAUCUGUUGUUCUUGUCUUGCCUUUCAUGCUCUUUGAACAGCAUGAACCAGGGUAUAGCUUAAAUUGAGAGUACUAAAUCACUAUCCAAGUGUCCUUAUCAAUCUCUACUAUGUACUUGUUUGGAGCCGCUCUUUGCUUUAGUGCGCACAGUAGCGGAGGUGAACCAUGCCAGUCAUUUGUUUGUGCUGUAGAGAUUCUGCUGUAGUUAGGUAGUUCUCUUGUUUCCUUUGCAUUGUUUUUAUUGUCAGAACUAGUCAGCGUACCUGGGGGGGAAAGCCUCUUUCCUGUAAGGGGCAUAAUCAUUGCAGGAUAUCACCAGUUGUUUAUUUGUAAAGCAUAUCCCACUUAGAUCCCCCCAAAAAGAAACUUAAAGUGGCAACAAUAAAAUAUACAGGCUUCCCGUCAUUUACACGCAUUCAAGUCAUGCACCACUGCGCAUACGUGCAGUGCCAAAAACCCAGAAGGGGAGGAAGAAACCUGAAAAGCUUCAACAAAGUCCCACGGCACCUCCAGCUUAUAAGGAGACUUUCCCUAGAACCCAAAAGGGGAGUCCUCUUCCCACUCCUGGAAGGUUCUCCUCGCAAGCCAGAGGGGCUGUGGUGUGUUCCUUUUUUAUGUGUGCAGGGGGCCAGAACAUAACCUCUGCAUAAAUGGGGAGUCACCUGUACAUACAAUGUAAUCAUAUCAACUAAACUACCACCAGAAAAUACCAACAUCAGAAAAACAAUACCUCCCCAAAACAAAGUGAAGGCACAGAAAAAGCAAAACAGCCUUAACAUACUCAUAAUGAGGAGAUAAUGUGUUCUUUUCAGCUAAAUGCCUUCUUAACCAGGUUUUGGUAAAUACUUAAAGCUGUGUAGUGCUGGGGGGGUUUGAUCAAUCUCCGCUAAAAGGGGUGGUUGUCACCACCAACCAGGUCUUACUCCUUGUUGGUCCCUGCUGAGCCUCACGUGGCUGAGGAAUCUGGACCAAAGUCGCAGAUAAUGAAUGGAACAUGCAGGAAAGAACACAUAGAAGACAGGACCAUUCUGUUCCUUUCCUUUCUGAUGUGCCAUGUCUUGAAAUCGAGACUAUGAGCAGAGCCUGCUUUCAUAUUCAACUGCCGCUAAUAAUUUUAGACACUUUAUAAAUUAACGAUAAUAACACCUUGUGGCUCUACCUUGGCCCUUCCCUUCCAUCGGUGGUUGUCUGCUGUGGGUUAUCCAUUGGGCUUGCAUAAGGCUGCUGUAAGAGCUUGGAACUUAGAAAGAAGAUGAUAGAAAAAUGUCCACAGGCCUAGCCAGCUCAUGCAGGUAAGAGUCUACAGCCUGAUGGGAUGGCAGAGUGAAAACCAUUCCCAGAACCUUCUGCCCUGGUGGUCUAACCAACCCACACUUAGAAGUGUUCGGCAUGUCAGAGAGAUUUCCGAAAGGAUUAAUGAAAUGCUUUUUGGAGCCAUUGGUUGCUUUGUUUUCAGUCACUUCUUAAGUGAAUGCUGCAAAUAUAAAACACUAGGUUUUCUCAAGGAUGGAGGAUUCCAGCACUUCUUUCAUUGUAAAAAUGCCCCUUGUAAUAACCACAUGUUUAGUUUGUUGCACAUCUUGAAUGAAUUUACUAGUUUUCCAUGAUGCUAUUGUUUUCCAUUUUGUGUGAUUUCAUAAAUUGCAACAUUUCCAUUCCUAUUCAACACCAUGGUACAGUAAUGGGCGUUGUAAAGGACUGAGAAAGGAAAGUUUAAAAAAAUGUCUGUGUGUGUGUGUUUUAAAAAAACAACAUGUACCUAUUUAUCUACUUGCACUGUGUGCUUUCGAACUGCUAGGUUGGCAGAAACUGGGACAGAGCAAUGGGAGCUCACCCCGUCGCACAGAUUCGAAUUGUCAACCCAAAGCAUAUGGACUGUGGCAGUCCAACUGAAGCCUUUUGGAGACUAAUGUAUUCAGAAGAAGUUAGGAACAUUUCAAAAAGUUUAGAGCUGGGAUGGAGAGCCUGAGGUCUCCCAGAGGUUGUUAGUCUCCCAAGUCCCAUCAGCCCCAGCCAGCAAAGCCAAUGGCCAGGCAUGAUGGGCACUGUAGUCCAACAGCAAUUGGGUGGCCAAAGGUUCUCAAACUCUGGUUUAGGACAAAAAUGUUUUAGGAAACGUGGAAUCUAGAUGGCAAUUUGAAGAGGCCCCAAUAUAAGACUUACAGCAUUUAGUCUUGCUCUAAUACUCUUGGUAUUCCUGCAGGCAUACAUACACACAAGUCCAUAUAAGCUGCCUUUUCUCCUGUGAUAUUAAAUAAACAUUGCCAUUACAUUUCCAACUUUUCAUACUGUAUAUGAAGCAAGAAGAAUCAUAUCAUUCUCGCAGUUAUAUUAUUAUUUAAUUCUCCUUCUUUUCCCCUUUGUAUUUUAAUUAAUUUGAUAGUAAGCCUUAAGGCAAAGCCUUUUAUAUUUUCUUUAAACUAUUUUUGUAGAGUACCUCAUUCAUUUUAGGUGCUUUUUAAAAAAUUAAAAGGAGGGACUCGGCAGUAAUCUACACCUAAAGGAUAUUCUGGGCCCUUUAAAACAGAGCAGCUUGUGAUCUCUGGAAUGGAGCAAGCAUUCUGAAUACCUUGCGUCAAGCCCUGAACAAAUAGCACAGAAACAGCAGUACUGUACAAAGUGAAAUCUGACAUCUCAGUGUUAGGGGAAAGGAAUUCUCCUGUAUGGCUUGAUUGUUAUCUACAUCUUCAAGUGGGUUUAUUAGCAAUUUAAUGGAAUAUUGGUUAUUCAAGGGCAAUAGUAGCUCCAGCUGAAAUGUCCAUUAUACUCUCUUUUUCCCAUGCACUUUGGAAUGAGUAGAAUGUGACAGCUGAGCUUUCAGCAAGCUUCAUGAAUUUUAAAUACUUUUCAUUGCAAAAAAAAGGAGGGGGGAAAUGGGGCACAUGGCGUGUGGUCAAUGGUGGACUUGGAACUAGCAGUCAGUCUGGGUAUUAUGGGAUAUUGGGUGUCUCAAAGAUAAUGAAUGCUUCGCUUAUGCAGGUGCAUUCUUGGCCUACCGUGCAGGUCCCGGCAGAAUAGACUGUGCCUCUCUCAGUCCAGCAUCUAACAAUUGACCAUUUUGUAAUUGUGAGCAGAAAAGUAUUUAGAAUGUUGCUUUCUCAGCAUACUUGUCUAAGAUUUACAUUUUCUGUCAUCGUCUCUAUCCAACCAAAUAUUUACUGGUAUUUUGCAGCUAAUUAUCGGCAAAAGUUUUCCAUGCCUCCGCAACUUAUUCCCGUAUUUCAUCAUGUACAUUUUGACCAGAAUUCUCCCUUCCUUAACCCUCCUUCGCCCUUAGGCCUCAAACUUUUUAAUAUAAUUUUCACCCUUGUUCUAAAUAAUAUGCACGUAUAAAGCUGUACUCCAUUAAUGUAAUAUUCACACAGGCUAAAAAUAGCACACACGUAUACCUAAGUGACGGUGUUGUUUAAAGAGCCCUUCACAUGCCUGUUUUAUAGCUCUUGCAUUAAGUGCUUUUCAAAUUAAAGGAACAGUCAAAAACUGUAGCAUGUGGGGGUGGGGGCUGCUGAUAGUGAAACCGAUGUGGGGAGCAGAACUGUGAAUCCUUAUGACUUUAUGCUUAGGAUUGGUUGAAGGAGAGAGAUAUGUCAAUUAAACCUGAAUGUUAUGUGUACACAAACAUGCUUUGUUCGUGGAAGCAACCCAGCCAGAUGGGCGGGGUAUAAAUAAUAUGAUGAUGAUGAAGCAAACAGUUGAACACUCAAAUAGGAAAAUUAAGAGUUUCACUUACAAACGAGAAAGAAAUUAAGAUUUGGAUGCAUGCUGCAAGCUCAUGUUUAGAGCUUGAAAACAUAACUUACAGAGUUGCUUGGACAUCUGUUUGACCUGGAGCAGUAAGGAAUGGGCAUCUCUGUGGAAAGCAGUGAUGGGGCCUCAAAACCUAAUACAGUCAUACCUCGGGAUAAAUACGCUUCAGGUUGAGCGCAAUUGGGUUGCGCUCCGCGGCGACCCGGAAGUAACGGAGCGUGUUACUUCUGGGUUUCGCCGCUCGCGCAUGCGCAGACACUCAAAAUGAUGUCGCGCGCAUGCGCGGAAGUGGCGAAAUGCGACCCACGCACACGCAGGCUCGCUGUCGCGUCUUACGUUAUGUUCAGGAUGUGAACGGGGCUCCGGAAUGGAUCCCGUUCGCAUCCCGAGGUACCACUGUACUAGCUAGAGCCUUAACAAUUUCCUGUACCGCUGGCUUGUUUGUUUCACUAAUAAUAUUUCUUUAGAGGUGGUGCUGAUAGGCUUGUUCAGCAUUGCCAUUUGUUCUCAGAGAAGAGGGUUAGGAGGCAAGGAAGGAAUUUUAACGUACUUUCAUGUAGUCUAUAGAACCAAGUUCUGAACAAGGCAUUCACAGUGGGAGAAAUUCAGCUCCCACCAAAUGACAUUUCAGCUCCUGUGUUGGGUUAAGUUAAGAAUACUUCUUUGCUGGCCAUUUUCUAGAGGGUAUGCAAAGACCAACAGAGCCAUGGCCUUUUUUUGACAUAGAUCAGGCAUAGGCAAACUCAGCCCUCCAUAUGUUUUUGGGACUACUACUCCCAUCAUCCCUAGCUAACAGGACCAGUGGUCAGGGAUGAUGGUAGUUGUAGUCCCAAAAAACAUACGGAGGGUCGAGUUUGCCUAUGCCUGACACAGAUCCAGGCAUUUGUUCAAGGUUUUCAGCUUUCAAGCCAAUUUUAUAAAAUGUUGUACGCUGUUUGCACCGGGCAGCUAAGAAAAUAAAGGGUUCGUCUCCCUGUUUCUUUUCCCUCCCUCCAUUCUGCUCAUCAAUCUGUCAUUUCUGUUCUCAUUUUGAAAACAUUUGUUUUGUUGCCAGAGUUGAGAUAACCAAGUGCCAAUAAAUAACUUUUUAAGAAAGGGCUUUCAUUUGAAGCACAUUGGCACAACUGUGGAAGGGAUAGAUAUUUUGCAUAUAGCAGCUGAGGCAGUUGAUGAACUGCAUCUAUGCAAAGACUAAUGAGUUCCAUUUUAAAGUGGAGGGGCCAAGGAAAUACGAUUCUUAUAAAUGCCAUCAAACACAUUUAAUAUCCUUUUUCUUCAAACGUAGCUCAGCUGGCUUAAACCCAGAGUCUCUCGACCAGAUUUAUUAUGGAUUAGAUGCAUUCCAUCUCACAACAGGAAUGUGCUUAUUUGGGGUGGGGGAAUCACAGCACAGAGCAAUAAAGGCUUAAGCAUUCAGCCACUUGAUAUAUUAAUGGGUAGCAGUUAUUAUAAAAGCCUUCUGUUGUGUGCUCUUAAACUUAAAAUUGAGUCUACAUGCAGCUUUCUUUUAGAAAGGGCAUGUGUACAAAUGCAGGCCGUUUUCUCUUCUUCUGUAAGCAAACAUACAACUUGCUUUCUAGGGCGAGCUUAAAAACACAGUUGUGAACUUCCAACAUAAUAAAAUUUAGCGGACAUCAGAACACCAGUGGAGAGCACCUGAUGUUUGGAGCUUCUGAUAUUAUAAGCCCAUUCCCCACUGCACCGAUCACAAAAUUCCUCGAGUAGUUUAGCAACCCUUUAUACAAUAAAAAAAUAAAAUUAAAUAAAUAAGAGGGUUGGACUUCCCUUCUGACUCUACCGUUCUAUGAUUAUAUGCUUCUAAGGAAGGAUAAAUUGACUCAAGGGCUUCAAUAUUGGAUCUGGGCACAGGGGGACCUAAGUUAAGUUCAGGCUCAGUUAAAGGGCUCGGGUUCAAUGCCUUCUCGGUCAUACUCUGUUCUGGCUAUGACACUGCUGGAAUCUGAGGUCAUGGAGGUUUUCCCGUUGAAAUCUUCUCCCAACCCCCCGGAGCUGCUAAUAGUCCACUGCAGGCAGUUGGGGGAGGGGAGACAAGUAUAAUGGGGUUACAUUAUGCCCAUUAGCAACUGGGGGGUGAUCAUUUUGAGAGGAAAUAAGUGGUGCAGGGAGGAAAUAAUUAACCUUCUUCAUAUCUAUCUAUCUAUCUAUCUAUCUAUCUACUAUCUAUCUAUCUACCGUAUUUUUCGGACUAUGACCGCCCAUGGACUAGUUCGAAAUCAGAAAAAAUUCUGGGAGCACGGACAGGCUGCACAGCCUGUCCUAAGACCUUCUCCUGCUUUGCGGGAGGUGGGGAAUCCCACUCCAAGCCGCGCCUGCGGGCGACAGGGGACUACGCCAGUCAGUCCCCGAAAGAGCGCCUUACGGGGAGGUGGGAUCUCCACUCCUAGAAACCGCGGGCCUUUAAGCGCCCGGGCGGAGGUGGGGCCUCCGCCGAGAGGGACUGGCUGCAGUCAGUCCUCCUUCUUGAAACCGGUGCUGGAGAGUGGAUCCACUCCUAAGCGGAAGGCGUGCUCUUUUGCGGAGGGAUCCCAUCCCAAGUUGGGAUAGCGGGCGCGCGCUCUGCCCUGGGGCUGGUGGGGCCCCCGCAGCUGCGGACGGCGGCGCCGCCCGCUGCCCCCUCUGGGGGCGAUGGCGCCCCACCGCCAGCCUCGAGCCGGGUUGGAGGGUAGCGGCAAGGCGUCGCGCGCCUUCCCGCUGCCCCCAUCCUCUGGGGCUGGCGAUGGGGAAGCGCUGCUUCCCCACCGCCAGCCUCAGGCCGGGUUGGAGGGUAGCGGCAAGGCGUCGCGCGCCUUCUCGCUGCCCCCAUCCUCUGGGGCUGGCGAUGGGGAAGCGCUGCUUCCCCACCGCCAGCCUCAAAGAGCAGACUCUCCUGGCUUCAGCGGAGCAACGCGAAGCCUCCGGAGCGCAGGCUCGGAGGCUUCGCAUUGCUAUCGCUGAAGCCGAGGAGUCUGCAUUCGCUCCAUAGGACGCACACACAUUUCCCCUUCAUUUUUGGAGGGGAAAAAGUGCGUCCUAUGGUCCGAAAAAUACGGUAUAUCUGGUCACAGUUACUCAGUGCUGCACCUAGCUUUCACCCAGAGAGAGAGAGAGAUUUUAAAGUUUGAAACAGUUCAUAAUAUUAUUAAUGGGCAUUGAACUAAUAUGAUCAACUCAGGUCAUGGCUUCAUGGUUUCUUUAAAUGAAUUCACUGUUUUGUACCACUGCACUCAUUUUUUUUUACGAGUGAAAUAAUUUUUUAAGUCUGGUUCAUAUUGAUUCAAUAUUUAAGCUUUGACACAUGCAGGCAAAUAGAUUUUUAAAGAAAUUAUGACCUAGCUUAUGAGUUCUCUCACUACUUAAAUUCAUCUGUCUCAUCUCUUCUGUACCACGAGGUUAAACGAAUCUCCACUUAAUCUCAGCCAAUUCACUUGGUAUUGCUAUGCCAUCACAGGCAGCAGAGACAUUUGCUUUCUUUGUGGCCGGCAUAAGCCUCGGUACUCCUAAGAACCUGCCUUUUGCUUUGCUUCCACCUGCCUUAUCAUAUUGAUGCGACCUCUUCCCAUAGCAGCGAGUUCUGUAUACUGAGUGUUAUCCAGAAAAAUCAAUGGAACCUUACAACCAGUUCUCAUGUUACUUUUGUGACUUGUUUUGUCUUCGCACAUGAGGGCAGCUCAUAUGGCAGUGAACCAGUAACUUGAAUUUUGCAAUUGCAGCAAGAUCCAUGAUUCAGAAUGGUCAGUGCAAUUGCUAGACUUAUGGUGUCUAAAAGUAUUUUUGUUGGCAUCCGUUGAGAGGCAAAUGAAAGAGCAUGCCUUCAGGGGUGAAGUCAAACCAUUGGAGAGUUGAAGUGCUUGCUGUGGCUGUAGAGACCGAUACGGGAGAGACGUGUUUUAUUGCAGGUGGGGCAGUUAGAUGUGGCAUCCAGUUUUGCUGCCACAGGUGCACCAUGGUGUGUGUUCUCUCUUUGCUCCUCCCAAUUGUCUUUCCUUCUCUGGUCACUGCUGUGGAUAAACAACCUGACUGUCUGUCCCCAGGCACUGAGAUCAUCUGCAAGGGAUUCCCAUAUGGCAGGGGUUAAUGUUCCCAGCCUGCAUGUCACUUUUGCAGACAUGUUUGUAACACAGAGUUGUACUGCCAACACCUGAACUACUUGCUACAAACAAGCAAGGACUGUUUUGUUAGCUGUGCGCAAUCACGCCACCUUUUGCAAAGAAAAUGCCCAGUGCACACCAAAUUAGAUAUUUAAUGUCUAUCAAGGAAUAAGUGUAGAAAUCAGAGCAGAGCAAUUGCAAGUUUGUCAAGGAGUGGACAACUCGGAAUACCCAAGUUGUUAAUUUACUAUGGUGGUCUAUUUGCGUGUCAAGACCCCGCAACCACCCCCUCGUUGAAGAAUAAACACACAGGACACAAAUAUUAGGUUAAUGUUAUUGGGCAAAUUUUGGCCACAACUUUAUUCAUUACAAAAUGUGAGCGGUAUUGGCUUAGGCAUUGAAUGAACCGGACUGUAUCUGACUCCUGCGUUGCGCAGGGAGUCUGGUAAGGGUAAACCACCAGAAGGGGGAGCCCCGUCGAUGCAGACCAACUCGAGCUCCCCCAGGUGUUCCUGAUGGGGUUGUGGCAUGGCCCUAGCCUAGCCCCGGACUUUGGACAAGAUCCACACACCCCGGAUUCCUUUAACAGAAUACCCUUAAGCUUGGAGAAGCAGGUGAUGGGCACACCUCACCUCCCCCAUCAUAAGGUCAAACAAUGCCUAACCGCAAAACCUUACAAAGUUGUGACGAUUGCUACGAGGUAGGCGAAAACCAAAUGGCCCCAUGCCAAUUUUGCCAAGUAGAAAAAUUCCUACCAGGCCCCUCAAUGGCCACGCCCCCACCAGCCAGAGGAUUGGCUGGCUGCUCGUUGAUGUGGCCGGGAUCCCCCGGGCAACACAAGACUUUGUCCCCCGCCCCGGAGGUGAGUGGGUGGCCACGCGGUCCACCGCAACUCCUCCCCAAAAUGAAGUGGAGCAGACUUCCUGCCCCCCGCCAUGCAUUAGCACAAUUGACAACUUUUAAUUGUAAGAUAAAAAUGGCUUCUGGGCACAGAAGUUUUCUAGUUCAGGAGUGGUGCUGUAGUUAAGAUGCUUGAAGUGCUUUUAUGUGGAUGCCCAGAAGACUUUACAACAGAUUCCCAGAAAUUUACAUUCAGUCUUGCAGGGCAUGCGUGACUAAUGUCAAAGUGUUGCCUUUGAAAUGCAUUUUGGGGACUCUUCAGUAUCACAAAGCAAAUGUAAAGAUAAAGGUACCCCUGCCCAUUCGGGCCAGUCUUGCCAGACUCUAGGGUUGUGCGCUCAUCUCACUCUAUAGGCCGGGAGCCAGCGCUGUCCGCAGACACUUCCGGGUCACGUGGCCAGCGUGACAAGCUGCCUCUGGCGAGCCAGCGCAGCACACGGAAAGCCGUUUACCUUCCCGCUGGUAAGCGGUCCCUAUUUAUUUACUUGUACCUGGAGGUGCUUUCGAACUGCUAGGUUGGCAGGCACUGGGACCGAAUGACGGGAGCGCACCCCGCCGCGGGGAUUCGAACUGCCGACCAUGCGAUCGGCAAGUCCUAGGCGCUGAGGUUUUACCCACAGCGCCACCCGCGUCCCUAAAAAGCAAAUGAGGUACUCACAAGUCCAAGCUGUGCAAUAAAUCUUGAAAUAUUUUAUUUGGUUAACCCCUCCCAACUGAUUGAUUUUGGGGGGGCGGAGGGGGGGCUUUUCUUUCAUUUGAAUCUACCUUCACAAAAAUAAGUAGACUUUCCUAAUAACACCAAUCAUCAGUGUGAUUAUGCCAGAUUGAAAGUUGGUUCUCUAAACUUGGCUAAAAAAGCAUAUCACCUUUAAAUAAAUUUCCGGACAUCUCUUUUUGGUUUGAUAUGUGGAUGUUCCAGUACAGCAGAUACAAUGCCGGACAAUAUGCAUGGUUAAAAGCUGUGCCUAGGGCUGCAGUCUUUAAAUGAAAUUCUAAAAUGUGUCCUUUUCCAAACAGGUUGAAGUAAUGAAGAGAGCACUUGAAAGCCUUAACCUGAAUAUUGUAGAGAUGACAGAUGAACAUGCAACCUUAGAUGGAGGAGAUGUUUUAUUUACAGGUACAGUAAAAUAAAAUAUGAAACUUUGCCACAUAAUGUUUUGGCUGCACAGACAGCUUGAUGGUAAGGUACUGAUUAAAAAAAACCAUUUCCCGUUUCUCCUUACAUUUUCAUUAGUUAAUUUGCUUGUCCAACAGUAACAUGAGACUUUGAACACAGGAAAUAAUUUCCUAAUGCAAUAGAAUAACAAGCGAAUUAGGAGAAGUAAACUAUGUUGUUGUUGUUGUUUAUUUCAUUUCUAUCCCAUCCUUCCUCCCAAAGGGGUCUGAGAUGGCAAAGCAACAAGACAACACAAUUACAAACAAAAUAAGAGCAUUAAUAGUAUCUAAAAACAAUUUUAAAGUGCUAUCAACAGGAGUUGCUCAUAUCACACAGGUGCCCUGAGUUUUUUUUUGUGUUAAUCAGUCUGUUUUAUUUUAUAGGUUGCUUGGAAAAAAUAAUGUUAGUACAGUCGUACCUUGAAAGCCUUGCGAGAUGAACGUUUUGGCUCCCGAACUCCGCAAACCUGGAAGUGAUUUUUCCGGUUUGCAAACAUUCUUUGGAACCCAAAUGUCUGCCGUGACUUCCGAUUGGCUGCAGCCAAUUGGAAGCUGCACCUUGGUUCCCAAAUGUUUUGGAAGCUGAACGGACUUCUGGAAUGGAUUCCGUUCAACUUCCGAGGUAUGACUGUAUUAAGAUUGCAUCAAAGGUCAAUUAUCCAGGCCCCGCUGCUCCUUCUCAUUGCCGUUGCUGCUUGUUCACCUGCCCUUUUUAAGCUAGUGAGCAGUGAGAUGGUGAACAAGAAGGAAUGGGAACCUCCAGAAACCUUGCUCUCUCUCAGUUGCUGCCACUGGGAGAUUAUGCUGAUUGGGCACAGAGGGAGAGUCAAGUGAAUGGGCAGCAAAAGUGAUAGGAAAAAAAGUUGGCUUCAUUCUGAGAUGAGUAGCUCAUUGAGAUGAUCGUGCCCACACAAUCUAGGUGUAGCGCAGGUUACUGUGCUGAUCUCAAAAGGACAGGAGACCAGGCAAGAACAAUAGUACUUUUCAAAGGGUCCAGUGUCUAUUUCUAUGUAUGUAUAAGCCUUCUGGUUUUUUGGAGUAUUAUUCUUUUGUCUAUCUGAAGGAAGUGAUGGUGUUAUACUUGUAAGUUACUAUUUCUAAAAAAAUUAAACUAUAAUUAAACUUGAUGUUGCAAGAUUGUGUGUCUAUGUUUUCAAAGGACAUUUCUUUGUUCAGUUUACUUAUUCAAAUGAUGUUAACUUCAACAAGAUUGGACAAAAACAUUAUUGCAUAUGAACUCAAUCAUGCCUAUUAAUAUUUUCUUUUCUCAGGCAGGGAGUUUUUCGUUGGUCUUUCAAAGCGGACCAAUCGACGUGGUGCAGAAAUUCUGGCAGACACCUUUAAGGUUAGCAGAGUUGCAGAUUCACCUUCAGAUGGGGGAUCCAAUGCGUGGUAAAGUUUAGCACACUGUGUAAAAGGAAGGAGCCAAUAUAUAUGCCAGUACUGAGGCAUCUUCUGUGGACAAUUCAAGGCAUUAACACAGUGCAAGGACUAAAAACAAAUAAGAGAGAUUACUACAGUUCUGUGCUAUAAUAACACAUUUAUUUUUUGUUUCAAUUUGGGGGGGGCUGUGAGGCUGGAAAAUGGAUUGUUCAUCUUUUCUUACUUCAUUUUUACACUAUAAAUAACAUUCUGCUGAGGCACACAGUGUCAUUGUAGGAAAGAGGACAGAGUGCUUGUCUUAAAUUGCUGAGACCUGGGUUCAAAGGUCCACCGCACCAUGAAACUCACUUGGUUCUGGUGGGUCAUGAUGACAAGGCAUGGUUCCAUGAGAACUUGGAGAAAAAGUGAGAAAAAAAUAUAUAAUUGAAAAACAUGUCUUAUGCUGCAAUCAUAUGCACAAGGUACUGGGAGUGCGGGACUUAAGUCCAAAUAAACAUGCAUAAGAUUUGCAGGUUACAGCUUAUCUUUCAUUUUGAUUUAAAAAGUGGUUGGCAUUCCCGAAAAGUUGAUGUUUCAAUAUUUCUUCUUUGUCUGAACAUGUAUGGAUGGAAGAUGUUUUGAAGAUACAUACAAGGAAUAAAGAGCAUUUUGUUCAAUCUGCAUUUUUAAGCAGACUGACCUAAUUUGCACAUCCCAGACUAAUAAACUAAUUAGAACAUUAUUAUACUUCUAAUUUCCUCACUGCUCUGAAUUUUGCAAUCCAGAAACAUUCCAAAGUUGUUGUUUUUAAUUGACUAUUUUAGAAAUGCUUAUUUUAAAUAAGUAUUUUGUAUAAUAUACAGUACACUUAUUUUGUGAUAAUUUACAUAUUUAAAUACUCAUGAGUAUUGGAAUACAAAUUCUUGCAUGGGUGGUGGUGAAAGUUGUAAAUUGCAGAUCAACGUGGAAAUGGGAUGGGAGGAGGCUUAGGUCUAAACACAUGGAAAAAUUAACAUGGACUGGGAAUAAACUGAUCCAUCCUAUCCCUACACAUGAAACAGUUCUAUUAGUAGUGCUAAGCAGAUCCGACGCAGAGCAGGGGUGGAGAUACCUGCAACCCCCAUGAUGUCAUUAGAUUAACUUCCAUUUGCUCUAGCCAGUAUGACCAAUGAUCAUGGAUGAUUGGAGCAGCUAAUAAUAAUAAUAAUAAUAAUAAUAAUAAUAAUUUAUUUAUACCCCACCCAUCUGGCUGGGUUUCUCUAGCCACUCUGGGCGGCUUCCAGCAGAAUAUUAAAAUACAAUGAUUCAUCCAGUAUUAAAAGCUUCCCUAAAAAGGGCUGCCUUCAGAUGUCUUCUAAAAGUCCGAUAGUUGUUUAUUUCUUUGACAUCUAAUGGGUGGGCGCCACUAUCUAGCCUAGAUGGGAGACUUCCAAGGAGCCAUACAUCAGAUGUUCAAACUCUUUGGAGGAAGAAUGGAGUAAAGUAUAAUAAAUCAUUAAUUUCUGAAAUCAUAAUUGAAAUAUUAUUUUGAACAUUAUUUCCCAUCCAAACCACAUUGUAAGAAUGGCAAUCUGCUGGCUUCCGCAUAACCUGCUUCCAUGGAAAGUAUUCAGGAGAAGGGUGCCUGUUACUAGGAAACUGUUGUGUCCUUUUUAUGCUCAUAGACACUCAACAUUUCUUUUUUUAGAGGCUCUUGAAGUCAAAGUGUCGAUUUUAUGGAGGCUUCUUUUGCAUGUUAAUGAAGCAUUUUUUUAUCUACUUGUUUCCUGAAACAACGAUGGCACUGAAGUAGAACUCUCCGUAGAAAAUUGCUGUGGUUCCAAGAGUUGACUUAGAACUUAAGACACACAAAUUCAUUAAUGCACAGGGGUGGAGGGUGCAAUUUAUAAUUGUGUUAGUUUACGAGAUUACCAGUCUAACGCAUUUCCUUUGCAAAUGCCUAAUUUCUAUACAGGAUUAUGCCGUUUCUACAGUCCCUGUUUCUGACUCCUUGCAUCUGAAGAGUUUCUGCAGUAUGGCUGGGCCAAACCUCAUUGCUAUUGGUUCAAGUGAAGCUGCACAGAAAGCCCUCAAGGUAAAGCAUGCUAAAAAUAGCCUGUGCUUAAAAAACAUUGCUUUUAGACUCAGUGUUUCCUUACAGACUCCAUGUAAGAGGGAAUCCGGCCUACGCAAGCUGCAAGGAUCAACAGCCUCAGCAACUUGAAAAUGAAGAACCGUUCCAGCUGUGAUAUUAAAUACAUCUUUGUUAUUCACUUAAAAAAAAUAAGUGCCAGUAAUGUCAGCAUGAGGGGUUGAUUGUUUUGGGGAUCACAGCAGAUGUGCAGGGGGAAAUUAACACUUUCCUCUCCUGCUGUGGUGCUACAGAGAACCCCCCCCCCCCCCCAGCUAUCAUUUACUUGGAGUAAAAUAAGCAGAAUGUAUGUUGAGAGAUGGGGGUAAUGGGAAACUGUGGGGAGCUGAAUGAAAUGGAGUAUCCUGAAAUGGAGUAUUGCAUGCUAACUGGAACACUGGAGAAACCUUCUGCACUGCAGCAUUUUAUUAUUACAGGUCCCACUUGUGUUAGAGAUGUAGCAGAAACCAAAAGUGAAGUAAGCAGUGUUUUAAGAAGGAAAUAGCAGUUAUGCAUGCUUAUUGUUAGUGGGACGCGGGUGGCGCAGUGGGUUAAACCACAGAGCCUAGGACUUGCCAAUCAGAAGGUCGGCGGUUCGAAUCCCCACGACGGGGUGAGCUCCCGUUGUUCGGUCCCAGCUCCUGCCAACCUAGCAGUUCGAAAGCACGUCAAAGUGCAAGUAGAUAAAUAGGUACUGCUCCAGCGGGAAGGUAAAUAGCAUUUCUGUGCGCUGCUCUGGUUCGCCAGAAGCGGCUUAGUCAUGCUGGCCACAUGACCCGGAAGCUGUACCCCGGCUCCCUCAGCCAAUAAAGCAAGAUGAGCGCCACAACCCCAGAGUCGGCCACGACUGGACCUAAUGGUCAGGGGUCCCUUUACCUUUAUGCUUAUUGUUCUGUACUCCCCUGCUCAUCGUUCUUCCCAGUCACUGCAUAAGUUGCAGGCCGCCAUUGUGUUCAAUUAUAAUAUCUGAACCCAGGCCAAAAUGCACAUGCUAAAGUAAUCAUCAGGUUUGGGGGUGGGGGAAGGGUGCUGCUAUGAUUUUUGAGAGCAAGCAGGUAGGAAUGUUAGCAUCCUUGUCAGAAAUCUUCGGGUCCUUGCUGUUACUCAAGUAAAUUAACUAACCUGUUUAUGGGGUAUGUUGUACAGACUCAUCUGGCCGUAGUGCAUUUUGCUCAGUGGUACAAGCAGUAUUGGUUGCAAGUCCCUCUCACCAUCACGGAGUGUACAUUACACAGAAUAGGACUGGAAUGUGGCUUCUAUUCCUUAUCAGAAUAGCAGUGGCAUCUCUUUCCAAAUUCCUGUGCGCUCUCGUCCGCUGGGGACCUGUUCAGCAAAGAGUGUAAGGGAAGCUGGAAAGAAGGUCCAGAGAAAGUUGGUGACUCUUGUUUGGAUCUUUGCCAUCACUUUAUUUAACUUAAUUUGGGUGCCUCAUAUGCUGAGUGUGUGUGAGAGAAAGAGAGAGAGCGUUACUGAACCAGCAAUAGAACGGCUUCCCUGAAGGCAACUUGGUAUUCUGCAGUUUAAGCUGCUAUCACUUGAAUCCAGCCAACACCAAGAAUCCCAGGGGACAGAUAAAUCAUACAUUCAGGAUUCCAGUGCAUACAUUCUGAGCCCUCUGGUACUGAGGUGUGAGCUUGGAGGAGGAGGUUGUGUACAAAAACUUACAUGUGUAGUAAAAGACUGAACAUUUCCUGAGUUAUUGUUACGUCCGACCUGUUUUUUGAAAACACGUGGCUUGAAAUACUCCCUCUGGUUGAGCAUGCCCUCAUAAUUACUGAUCUUUUGUUUUGGCAGAUGCCUGCUAUCUGUGCUAGGGUUAGCAGCCUACUUUAAAAAUAUAACUGUUGUUGCUGAGGGAGUUAUAAAUAUUAUGUUUAUCUCUUGGUUUAGGAAAUGUGUUAAGCAAGGAUGAUUUGACCCUCCCCAACCAAUAACUACACAUUUGUCUGUGUUAACUGGAAGAAACUGUUACCUUAAUUAAAUUUCUUCAAAAUGUCAUCGAUUUUUAUGUACGGAAAGACUUUUUAAAAAACUUUUUUAUUAGCAAAAACAUGCAUACAAAAUACACAGAAAAAACAAACAAUUAAGAAAAGCAUGCAUAAAAAAGAAAAUUGAACAUGAUAAGGUAGUCUUACAAUGUUUGUACUUAGAUUAAUAUAACUCCUGGUUUAUAUAUAGUGAAAUCAUUUAGAAGUCUAAUAUAAAACAAAAGGAAAAAACAAAAACAAAAAAGAUUAAAUCAGAUUAACUACUUAGACAAUAAAAAUGCCUAUCUAUUGAUAUAAUUUGAACCCAUAUUAAUGUUUUUUGUACAUUAUAACAUUCAUCAUUAUAACAUUCAUUUUGGGUUGAAUCCCUUUUCCAUUGUUGUAUUGUUGACUUCAUUCUACCUCAUUACAGUUUUAAUAUAAAUGUUUCUGUUUUCUACCCUGUCUUUGAUUAUUAAUCCUCAUCUUGGAAUGAGGAGAAAAUAUUUUGCUGUCUGCAAAAUUAUUCAAAACACAGCCAAGUCUUGUUGUUGGAACCUUGUUUUAUCAAGUAGUUAUUAAAACAUUCCCAUUCUUUUUUAAUUUUAUCUGUUGGUUGAUUUCUUACUAACUCUGUCAUUUUCACAAGUUCCAAGUACUCACAUAAUUUUAGUUGCCAUCCCUCUCUUGAUGAUGUGAGUUCACUCUUCCACUAUUUGGCUUAUUUUAAGCAGUGAAUUAAUCUGUUAAAGUGCAAAAUAGCCAAUUGACUCUGGAAACCCUAUAGCUGAUUGACAGUUCUAGAGCAUGCAUAUUCUCAAAUUCAUGACUUGACUUCCACUACCCCCAUCCACGAGCUUUAAUUUCUUUUGGAAUACCUCAAUACUAGACAAAAGCCUUUUUAAUUAGCACAUUAAGCCAGGCAGAGUACCCAAAAGAAGAUGGAUUUUAAAAAAAUAAAAUUCUGGCUGUGCUUCUCUUUGUUGUUCCUUAUCAGGAGUGACACAUGAAAGUCAUUUCAAAGUCAAUGUUCUUCAGUGUAGAAAGUUCAUCUCACCCUGCUGAAAGAGCAAGUUUACUAUGAUACCUGUGUGGCUAGCUUGCUAUAUUUUAAAGUUGCAAAAACUAUAUCAAAUCAGAGGAAGAUUGGAAUUGAGUCGUGCAUCAGUGUAAGUCAGGAACCAUUUAAACUGCAGUGAGGCUAACUGGUGGUGUCAGGCUAAGGGAAGGAGAUUUUGAGAUAGGCAAGACUCCUAUCAAAAGCAGGCAAUUUCUAGGGCAGGUGCUUAAUGGAACUUGGAAGGAACAGGAAAUCUUCACUGUGUUCAACAAUUGGCCUUCUGUGGUUGCUUGGCCUGCUUUGGAUUAGCAAAUCUGUUGAGCUGGGGAGAUUUGUUUUUGUCUCCUAUGCUGUAGUAGAAAAAGUUUUCCUACAGGACUAGCAUAGGACUAGGAAGGACUCCAGGGGAUAGCAAGAACUAUCAGGUGCAUCUCCAAGCAUGUGUCUUGCUGCCCCACAUAUUUGAUCAGAAACUUCAUGAAUGAUCAAAGAUAAAUAAAUUUAAAAGCCUUCACUCUGGGUUGGACUAGCCAACGGAGGCUUCACCUGAAGCACAAAUAGCAGGGAUUUUCGUUUUGUUUUGUCCAAACCAUAGAAGAGAGAAUGAGCGUGCCAAAGGUGAUUCAGGCUUCCCUGCCACCACUAUUUUACAUAUUGCAUUCACAUAAUUAACGUCAGGACAAAUGACAUUGCCGAAAAUGCAAACUUAAGUGGAUACCCUUUGGGGAGCUCUGAACUAAGAACUAAGAAGAAGCAAGUAAGAUGAAGAUGAAAAUAUAGCCUAAUUACUGCAUUCCCUGCCACGAUAGGGAAAAAGAAUAACAGGAAUAUCCCAGGGCAUGAAGAAACAGGCUUGAAUUUACAAUCACUCCACAAAUUCUGGAAACUAAAAAAUUCUGGAAAUAUACCGUAGCUCCAUUAGUAUGUGGCACCUGAAGGACUAUCAAGUAUAUUGUGAUGUAAGCUUUCAUGGACUAAGAGUCCAUUUCAUCACUUACAUGACCUGGGCUUCUUGAAAGGUUUGCAAUCAUCAGGGUGAUGUCACGGCCAGAUUUCUGACACUAGAUCCCUUUGUAGAAUUCCCCCAUUGUAGCCUGAGUAGGUUCUGUUUUUCUUUUGCUGCUUUUGAUGUACAGCAGAGCAGAAGCUGUACCCAAAGGGCUUGAAUAAUAGCUCUUUUCAGUGAAAUGAAGUUUGGUCCUAAGGAUGCAAAGGUUACACUGCAGCUCAGCCUGUAACUGAAAUCGGAUCUACUACCUAGAGCUCCAUCUAGUGACUUCCCAGCAAGAUCCAGAGGAUUUCCCCCUCAUUUUCUCUGUUUGAAAACAGAAAAGAAAAAUGGUUUCUAUUAAGAUGAGCAGAUGCUGCUGGGGGCAUCAAACUGAAUAAAGCUAUUGUGAAUGGCUCUUGUUUUGCUUUUUCCUCCUGUUUAUAAUUGCUGAGAUUUUGUGUAACUCAGAUUGUUUGUACUUGUUUGUUUGUUUGAAACGUUUUUACCCCCAAAUUCCUUGAUCUGCUGGUUUAACGACAUGGGUUGUGAUUGUAAGAGAGAAAACUGAAGACUUGAGGAGGUAUAGUACAGAAUCUACUACCUUAUUUUGCAUAAGGUAUAGAAAAGGAAUGGGGGACAUGUGGUCCUGCAGAUGUUGCUGGACUCCAGUAAGGCUCCACCAGUAUAGCCAGUGGUCAGGUACGACAGGAGAUGUAGUGUAGCAACAUCUGAAUGGUCAUAGGUUCCCCAUUCCUGGUGUUGUAAGAUUUAUUAGGCUGCAAUCCUGUGGAAAAGUAUAAGUGCCAUUACGAUACUAUAUCUUUAUUGUCAUUGUCCCAUACAGAACAACGAAAUUGAAAAAUCUACAUAAGACAUUCAAAACCCAACAAGCCUGCUAUCCCAGCUAUCCCAACCUGGUUAGCCCCCUAAAAACUCUGAUAACCCAUUUUUAAAUACAAUAUACUCCCAUACAGACUCCUUAUAAUGCGUUUAAAACCAAAAUUGCUUUUGGGUAGAAACUUUCUCAGGCGGCUAGUCCUAGUCUUUAUAACUCUGUAGCUUCUUCCAGAAGGCAGAAGCUGAAAGAAAUCAUUUCCGGGGUGCGCACUGUUCUGCGCUAUCCUCAGCUUUCUUAUGGCACCUGGAAGCAUAGAUUUGAUCCAAGGUGGGAAGAGUGCACCCAAUUAUUCUCUCCACAGUCUUUACAACCCUGGACAGCAUUGUUUUUCCCCUGACCGUGCAGCUCCCAAACCACACACACAGACCAUAAGUUAAUACACUCUCCACAGUACAAUGGUAAAAUGCCAUCAACAGGUCCUUUGAGAGAUUGUUUUUCUGGAGGAUUCUCAGAAAAUAUAACCUCUGCUGUGCUCUCUUCAUCAGGUCUUUGCUGUUUUCUCCCCAGGUUAGGUCACCUCUCAACUCCAUUCCCAGAAAUCGAAACACCGAGACCUGUUCCAUGCACUUCCCCCUAAUAAUAAGUGGCUGAAUAUUCAAGUUACAUUUCCUUGAAUGCGUUGGGACUUAUCAUGCAUAGGAUGGUGCUGCUGGUCUUAGUUUAAUAUUCAUCUUGCUUGAUGCAGGUUGCUGGUAGAACUAGUAGUUCUUCCUCUUCUGGAUGGGAUCCAAAACUAAGACCCAAAGUCAAGGGAGAGAAGAUAUAAACAUUAAGGGCCGGCACUACCAUUGGGCAGAGUGAAGCAGCUGUCUCAGGUGGCAGAUGCUGGGGGCAGGGGGGCCACAAUGAAGCACCAGAGGACAGAGCUGUGGAUUCCAUGUGGCCUGCCCUGCACCGCUAGGCUAGCCUCCUGCCCCCAGGUCACCAGUGUUGAAGUAAGAUUCAAUGAUCUGUCCAGCUGGAAUGGAGUGGGGUGGAAUGGACUGGAUUAAAAAAAUAGGGAUGACAUGUUGUCUUUUGCCUCAGACAGCAAAAUGGCAUGGUCUGGCCCCGAUAAAUAUCCAUGCCUUCCAACAUCUAAAGAGUCUUUAAUAGGAUCAGUAAGCAAAGGUCUUUCGUCCAAGAUUUACUCUAGUGGCUAAUGCUGGUUGUUAUGAAGAAAGAAAGAAAAAAAAUGAGGUAACUUGCACUCCCUUCCUAAACCCUCUUCCAGUAGGCCAGUAGUGCUUCUGACUUCCAUCAGGAACUUUAGCUCUGAGAAGUCUGGAGCAUGCUCCGUGUAACUUAGAUUUCCACGUCAGCCAAUAGAUAUCUAUCUAAGUAUUAUGCUUUAAAUGGCCUCACUAUCCUGUGUUUUGUUUCUCGAGUCACUUUUUAGCAGCCCUUAGAGUCCUGCUGAGGCAAUACUUGAACGGAUGCCUAUUUCUGAUGUAAUUCAGUUAAAGUUUCAUUAGCCCUGGGGACACAGGCUAGACAAAAUCACCACUAGGAAUUACUGGAAGAACAAAAACCCACUUUAUUCCUAUUAUGCUCUCCUUCUCAUCCCUUCCUUCAAAUGUAAAUCCCAAGAUUCUGCUUGUUUACUUAGCUGGCUGGGCAAACAUGAAUGUCCAGCUACCAGGCUCUGUCUAAUCCUCUAGAGCUUGUAUCAACUUUACCAGGCAAUGUACUUCUGUGCUGCUUGCCGUAGGUGGACAGAGGCUCUGACUUAUUCAAUAUCGAGUCCUGCUUCAAGCCAUCUGUCAUUUUCAGGCACCUCAGAGCUUUCCCCUUAGUUUCAAAAGGCUUUUGUACAUGACAACCUGUAUUCCCAUUCAGGCUUAAGUACUAUUGCAUAUGCGCCAGCAAAAAAACAACAAAAAACAAAACUUUGUGCAUAUUUUCUGGAAUAUUAUAUACUAGUUAUUUUCCAGUUCACUAACUGCUGAGUUUACAGAGAAAUGAAGAGGUAACAUGCUUUACACUUGAGACUUCUGGCUGGUGCUGAUCAUUGUGUGCCACUGAAUUGUUCUCCUCUUGAUUGGGUUGGGUUCUUGGUGCAGAUGUAUACUGGACAGAACUUAGUGUGAUCGGCAGCUGGGAGAGAGGGAGAUGGAGGGAGGGUCUGCAAGGGGCACAGAUACCCACAGGUUUGGUGGAACUGCAGCAGCUUGCAAAUUUCUCUAGCAUCUGAAACCCUAUCUGAGGGUAUUAGGAGCAAAUAGGUAGAGCCAUAUAACAUUUCCUGGGUAGAUUCUGUGAGGACUGCUACACAGAGAUCUAAACGGGUUGGCUUUUAAUAAUAAUAAUUUUAUUAUUUGUACUCCGCCCAUCAGACUGAGUUGCCCCAGUCACUCUGGGCAGCUUCCAGCAUAUACAAAAACAUAAUAAAACAUUAAAUAUUUAUAAACUUCCCAAUGCAGGGCUGCCUUCAGGUAUCUUCUAAAGGUUAUGGUAUGUAGUUACUCAUCUCCUUGACAUCUGAUAGGAGGGUGCUCCACAAGGUCGGUGCCACUACCGAGAAAGCCCUCUGCCUGUAACCUCACUUCUUUCAGGGAGGUAACCGCCAGAAGGCCCUCUGUGUCUGGACUGAAUGAUGGGGGUGGAGACACUCCUUCAGCUAUACAGGGCUGAAGCCAUUUAGGGCUUCAAAGGUCAGCACCAGCACUUUGAAUUGUGCUCUGAAACGUUUGGAAAUGCUGUUUUAAACGGCAUGUGGUGAAAAUGCUUUUCAUCCUGGGUUUCCUAGGUAUUCCCAACAUAUUGCUGUGUUAAUUUUGGAAGUAAUGGUAGUUUUCUACUACUUCAGCAUAGUGGAUGCUGAUCGUUCUUAAUUGCAUAGCUGUAGUUGACACAUUACUCUCCUAGUGAGACAUUUGUCAUGGGAUAUCAAAGUAAUUGAAAUAACACUAAUUAGCUCCAAGUAUAUCUGUAAAGAGCAAAUUAGCACAAUUUCUCAAGAGCAUUCUGACUGUAGGAGAGAGCACAGCAGCCAUAUAAUAAUUUUACCACUGGUGCUGAGGGCAGUUGAGUAAGAGCCCAACAACCCGAGACAUAGAGAGCUGUAUCCAAUGUUAGUCCUGCUGAGAGUAGACCUAUUGAAAUGAGUGAACGUAAGUUAGUCAUGUUCAUUAACUUCUGUGGGUCUCCUCUGAGUACGACUAGCAUUGGGUAUAACCACAAAGAGUCAAGGACGGCACAAUGUGUCCUUGUCUACAUAUGUGUAUGCAAGGCAUACGCACUGAUGGAACACACAUAGGUAUGUAUAACCAAGAGUCACAGUGUGCCCAGACUUGAGGUUUGCUUUUCUAAGAAGGGCAAUUAGAUGCAAGAUAACAAGCCAAAGUUUAGUACACGUGUGGAGAACUACUGGCACUCAUGCAUAAUUAGGCUCUCUAGGCUUCCCCCACCUGGCUUCCAAGACCAAGCUGCACCUUUUCUGAGAACCUGCUAAAACGCAACACAGCAUCUCAUGGGCCUGAAUCUUCUGCCCUUCUUGGGCCCACGGCUCAGUAGUGUACCUGCUCCACAUCUCCUGGGGCUAUUGGAGAAUUGUCAGCCAUUUGUCUUCCACCCCUUGAAUUCUCAGGUUUGAUCUCCUGGUCUACUACUGUGUUCCUCCAGCUUAAGUUUAUUUUCAAAUGAAGUUAUUCUAGGUUUUUAGUUUAAUUCGUUCUCCUGCCAGGUUGACCUUCUCCACUAUUUCAGUGUUGUUGCUUUUGACUGAAUCCACACACUCGCUCAGAUCGUCUGGCUUGUUGUCUAGCGUUGUCACCCAGCAAUCUUUUAAGUUCCUGUUUAAAGGAUGAAUGUUGUUGCAAUAACUUCCCCUUCGCUGCGUUAGUCAGCAUUGCCAACGUUAUUGGGGCUUCCUUGGAAGGAGAUAAACUCCCUGUUUAGGAAAUGUCUUUGGGGGUUCAGAUGUAGCGAGAAUAUUGUUGCAGAAAAUGCAAUUGCAGAUUAAGGAAGGCGGAUUUGGAAUUCCAGAUCUGGAAUUUGUAUCCUCAUGCUUAUUUUUUGGCAAUUAUCGAACAUUGGAGACCUGCUGAAGGUCUUAAUCUCCCGAGUUGGGCAACCCUAGAGCAUACAUAUACUCUUGGUUGGGCGGACAGUAUUAGGAUAAAAAUAUUUGAAAGUUCCUACAACUCCUGAAACAAUUAAGUCAGCUAAUGAAGGCUGAUGCUGUUUUCAGAGCUUGCAGCAUUCGUAGAACCUUCAGCUUUUAAAGUAUGCUGAAACCUCAUGUUAUCAGUUCUGCCUUUCCCCACUAUUCUACCACAAGCACAGAGAUACUGUUUAUUAAGCUGCAGGUCACUUUAGGCAGGCUUUGGGGUCCAUUUUUACUGGGUGAGCCGGGUUGCUGCCUCGCUACGCCAGCAUCUAGCAGGCACUGAAGCGCUGUCCCCUUAUACAUUUUUUGAAACUUUUUUUUUCAGAUUUCUCUCUCUCUUUUGCUGCUGUUGCAUAAUAAACUGGGCGAAUCUGUGAUUGCGAAAGAGUUCAGCUAACCACAGAAACGCUGAGAGUACAGCAAUUAACCAUAGCAAAGAAAAGUUAGCAGAGAAAUUAAGCUAGUAAACAAAUGUGUGUUAAAAGUUUGGGACCCCUCUAAUCAUGUACCUCUGGCCACCCGGAGCUUGCCAGCUCUUGUGACUGGGGAAGCUGUCCGCUUGGCUUACGUAAAUAGGAACUUGGCUUCCCUUGUUAUUGUUCUUGUUUGCUUUCCUUUGCUUUUCUGAGGACCAACUUCCCUUCUCUUUCCCUGCUCGUGUUCCAAAAGACAGGAUGUUCAUUCUCCAAAAUUUCUUGAAUGCAACAGCAGUUUGAGCCAUUUCCUGGACAUGUUUUUUGCUUUCUGCAGGAGUUCCUAUGCAAUGGCUGAAGCUAUGUCCCCAGUGCCACCUUGUUUCAAGGUUAUAUCAGAAGAGGCAGCAGAGCAGCUCAGGGACAUCAUAUCAAGAGUAGUGCAAAUCUACAGUCUGGUUAUCAGUUAGAUUCCUAACUGCCUCUGAAAGGCCAAAGGAAAAUAAUGGCGGGAGUAUCCUGUGCUUUUUUUCCAGCCGCAACACACCAGAGUGCAGUUCCAGCACCUCUCAGGUUGGCGCCAUUGUAGGUCAGCACUCCAUCUCCCCCCCCACACACACUUCUUGCCUUUACAUACAGUGGUACCUUGGGUUAAGUACUUAAUUCAUUCCAGAGGUCCAUACUUAACCUGAAACUGUUCUUAACCUGAAGCACCACUUUAGCUAAUGGGGCCUCCCGCUGCCGUCGCGCCGCUGCUGCGCGAUUUCUGUUCUCAUCCUGAAGCAAAGUUCUUAACCUGAAGCACUAUUUCUGGGUUAGCGGAGUCUGUAACCUGAAGCGUAUGUAACAUGAAGCAUAUGUAACCUGAGGUACCACUGUACUUCUGAGAAGCCCCAGAUGAACAUUUCAAGUCAAAAUCACAGCUGGCCAAUGUGUUCUUUAAUAUCUAUUACUCCACCUAGCUGCUAGCCACUCCUAGCUGUGAUUCGUAAAGCUACGGAUCGGGGCCAAUUUGUAUUUCCUUUUCUUCAAUCCAUCUCCCAUGUAGUGGCGGCAGGCUUUAAGCUUUUCAGCAAGGCCUCCACCAUUGCCCAUGCGCACGUUUGCGCGAGGGCCCUUCCAAGCUGCCCUAGCCAUCUGCCUGAAUCUAAGAGAAUGAAUGAGGAGGGAGCCUACACCAGAAUCAGGGGGGACCCCCAAACCAGUUUUCUGUAGUUUUUAGCACCUCCAUGGGUGGUGAAUGCAGCUGUUGUCAAACGGCAUCUCUUCAGGGCUGCGCCGAGUAGCCUGGUGACUUUCUGUAACAACUUCAUGGUGAGUUCCGGCACCUAUUUUCUUGCAAGGGUGGGGAAGCAGUGGUGGUGGUGAGGUACACUAAAGAGAGAGUGCCUUGUGCCUGCAUGUGUGGUCAGUGUGCAUGCUGUAUAUGUGUUUGUUGUGUGCAACAUGCAUGGUGCUGGUGUGAGUGUAUAUUUGCCGUAUGUGUGAUGAACACACAUGUGGGUGCGAGUGAUGGAAGCCUGCUGGGAAAGGUUAGGUAAAGGUAAAGGGACCCCUGACCAUUAGGUUCAGUCGUGGCCGACUCUGGGGUUGCAGCGCUCAUCUCGCUUUAUUGGCCGAGGGAGCCGGCGUACAGCUUCCGGGUCAUGUGGCCAGCACGACUAAGCUGCUUCUGGCGAACCCAAGCAGCGCAUGGAAAUGCUGCUUACCUUCCCGCUGGAGCGGUACCUAUUUAUCUACUUGCACUUUGACGUGCUUUCGAACUGCUAGGUUGGCAGGAGCAGGGACGGAGCAACGGGAGCUCACCCCAUCACUGGGAUUCGAACUGCCGACCUUCUGAUUGGCAAGUCCUAGGCUCUGUGGUUUAACCCACAGCGCCACCCGCGUCCCUGCUGGGAAAGGUUAGCCACCCAUAAUAAGCCUUCCCCAUAUCUACCACAUGUUAAAUUGGCUGUUCUGUAUUCACUCUUUCCCUGAACACCAUCUGUUUAAAAUAAGGUCUCCAGCAGUUGAAAGGAACACCAAACUAAAUGUGUGACUUCUCAAUUAAAAAAUAAAAAAUAACAACAGAGUUUUGACUGGAAUGGGGUUCGAGGCACAAUGGAACAAGGAGAGCUGGGAUGACAGCAUGUGAAUGAAGAAUACUCAGUCUGUUUAGGGUCUUUGCUGGGCACAUUUAAUUGCAUUACUUGUUAUCCUAGACUUCAGUUGGCAAAGUAUGCCUUGUAAAACAUAAUUGGAAAAAAUGAGAUUGGGGGCUUUGGAAAUUUCUUUGUUUGACAUCAGGAAAGCGUGACUCAGGCUUUGGAGAAUGCGGACCAAAAAUUGCCCUGCACAGGAAGGACAGAAUUCCCAGAAAAAUUAUGCAUGAAGGAAAUGCCAGGCUCUUAGUGUAGAUGGCCAUGCAAAGGUCUCUGGGCAGGAAUCCAGAUUCACACAUACUGAAUUUGUGACUGUUUUAAUCUUUGUCAAUAAUGAAGUUUCCCCCUGUAGUACAUCUUAAACACAGCACACACUGGCGAAAUGGAUGUUAAUUUUUCUAUAAUACAGACAUUUGCAAUGAAUUAAAUACAGUGGUACCUCUAGUUACAAACUUAAUUUGUUCCGGAGGUCCGUUCUUAACCUGAAACUGUUCUUAACUAGAGGCGUGCUUUCGCUAAUGGGGCCUCUUGCUGCCGCUGCGCCGCCGGCACACGAUUUCCGUUCUCAUCCUGGGGCAAAGUUCUCAACUCAAGGUAACACUUCCAGGUUAGCAGAGUUUGUAACCUGAAGCAUUUGUAACCUGAGGCAUUUGCAACUCGAGGUACCACUGUAUGCUUGUAUCAUCUUAUAUUCAGAAGGCCUUUCUGCAGCAAAAUCCAAUCCAUCACUACCAUCUUUUAACUGCCAGCUGAAAGAGAGGUUUAGGAAGAGAAGGGUUUCAUUUGCUCCAGGAAGGCCUUUUGGUGCAUUGUGGUGAAAACAGGUUUGCAUCUAAAUGGUAAAUGGAGCAGCUUCUUCCCAUUAGUAGUCCCAGAAUGAAAUCCUACUUGUUUUGCAGUUUUAGGGCACCAUGAAACAGCAUUUUCAUCAGAUGGUUCUCUCAGUUAUCUGCAUAAAUUUGCAAUUUGCUGUGCUAUCAAUACAUUGUAGAAGAUGUCUCGUUUGGAGCACUUUGUCAGCAGCACUGAUACUGCUGAAAUUUGAAAAAAUUAAGGGUUCUGAAUGUGCAUUUUCCCAGCUCACAGUUCCCAGAUGUAUUCCAAGAAGAUCUCACUUGUCCUGAAAUCCUUUGUCUACAUGGAAUUUAAAUGAAAAGUAUUAUGGGUUUAUGUGCCAGGUUUGUGCUUGUGCAGUCUACAUUCAUUAGGUUAGGCACUCAAAGCCAGCAGCAAUGUUGGUACAUGUUCAGAAGUUAAUUGCUUUGAUCCUUAUCUUGAUGACACUCUGGUUUAUAGACUAAAACUUUAAAAAAUGGAAAUGUAAUUUACAGAGCAGUACCUUGGCUCCAGUUGUGAGCAGUCAACUGCACCUGGAAUUUCCAAGUUUGAAAAAGUCAUGUAUGCCUCAAGAGCAUACAUGUCCUGCAUGAAGCCCAAUCUUGGCAAAUAAAAGACGAGCAAGGAAUAGAUGCAGGUGGGCUUGUGUGCAGGUGGGCAGUAUGGCUGAGGGAAACCUCUUGCCAGAGACUGUGCUGACAUUCCUGUCCCCCACACUUAAUGGUGUUGAAGAACAUGCAUGCAUCUUUUAAACUUUCUUGUAUAAAGAGUCACAUGCAAAAAGCAUUCUGAGACUAUAUGGAUAUAAAUAUUAAUAGCUAUUACACACACAAACAGACCGAGAUAUUCUCCAAUAAUGCUUUAAAUUGCUGGUUUGAUUCCCAGUCAAGCUGAUGGGAGUUGGCUCAUUGCUGACUUCAAAUGCAGAGCCAUCCCUGCACCACAUGGCUAUGACUCCUCUUGCGUAGACCUGUAGAUUGUCACAUUAGAGACAAAACACUGCUAUUUAGUUAUUCUAAAGUGUUUUGUCUCUUUCUUUUUCUAUUGGCCCUAUUUUCAUAUAAGGAAUGUCGGAGGGUAAGGAUGGAGAAAUAAUGUGAUCUGCUAUAAGUCAGAUUCCAUUGUCCCUAUGUGAUUCCUCAAAUCACAGCUGUGGGCCCAUCCUUAUACCCGCUUUUUAAAUGUUAGUUACUUAGAGCAGUGGUUUUCAACCGAUGUGUUAUGGCACCCUGGGGUGCCUUGAAUGAUGGUCAGGGGUGCCACAGGCAACCCUGGCCUCUGUCCCUCUUUUCUUCCCUCCCUUCCUCUGAUGUCCUCUCACGUUUCUGCCUCCCAAAGGCUUGCACAGCUGUUGCAGCAGCCCUGCUACAAGCUCCCCAGGCAAAUGGUGCCUCUGGGGCUGGCCAGGGGGUGCUGGUUUCCAGGAGCAGAGUUGACUUCGGAGUAAGCAAGCAGGCGAGGGAGCCCAGCCAGCCAGUCCACCAGCCCUUGCUGUUGGAAAUAGACAGAAAAGUCCCAGGCCCCUGUGGGGCAGUGUGAGGAGGCACCUCUCUUUGUGGCAGGGGGCAGCUCAGAGACCAGGGGCAGUAGCAGUGGCUGCCCAGAGGACUCCCAAGGAGAGGGGAGAAGAGAGGAGGCUGAGGGAACACUCCACAAGGGAAGGGUGUUCAUAAAAAUGGUGAGAGGCUGCCAGCUCUGCAAGCAAGGGGUGACAUAACAGAGCUCCUGAGCCCCACAGGGGUGCCAAAAAAACAAUGCAGUUGGGCAAGGGAGCCGUGGACUCAAAAAGGUUGAAAACCUCUGACUUAGACUAUUAAGGUAAAUAAAACAGCUUAAACUGGUUUGUUUGAUAUUCUUCCACAGACACUAACUAUGUGCACAAACUAUGGGAUAGUAUACAACACGAGAGAUUGACUUUGCUGUUUCUAUAUUUGUGUUUGGUUCACAUCUUUGGUUUUGUAAUCUACUAUGUGAUUUCCAAAUGCCUUCUGUUAUUCCAGAGUUUGGUCUUGGUUUAAUUUGCUGUCUCACUUGGGGGUCUUACAUCUCUCAGAAAGUAUCGCUCAGUAUAAGGUUACAUAUUCCAAGGAUUCAUUGCAUACUGUAAACAAAAUCAAAAGGUGUUUGGUUUCUGUGCCUUCUGUUUAAAUGAUUGUUUGCAACUGACUCAAAAUACAUUCCUGAGAGCUGAGCAACUGCUUCCAUAAAAAAGUACAAUAGCAGGGAUUUAUCUCCCUUUUCCCUUCAAGAGUGAGGCACUCAAUUUGUGUCAGAUCAUAUCCAAUCACAGGUUCUUUUUGCACUGAUACCAGGAAGAUGAUGCUAUGAUAAAUUAUAUACCUUAAAUGGAACCUAGACAGGUUUACUAUGAACAGAUCUAGCACAAACUAAAUUAAUUCUCAACCAAGGUAAUCCAGAUAUUGUGCAAAGGAACAGUACAGUGGUGCCCCGCAAGACGAAUGCCUCGCAAGACGUAAAACUCGCUAGACGAAAGAGUUUUCCGUUUUUUGAGUCGUUCUGCAAGACAAAUUUCCCUAUGGGCUUGCUUCGCAAGACGAAACGUCUUGCAAGUUCUUGUGAGUUUGUUUCCUUUUUCUUAAAGCCGCUAAGCCGUUAAUAGCCGCUAAGCCGCUAAUAGCCGUGCUUCGCAAGACGAAAAAACCGCAAGACGAAGAGACUCGCGGAACGGAUUAAUUUCGUCUUGUGAGGCACCACUGUAUUUGCAAAAGAACUCCUCCUCCUGACACCUGUUUGAUCUUGAGAUUUAUCUAUUUAAUUGGUGCUAAAUGCAUAUAAGAGCAUGAAUCUGUUGCAAGGAUCAUCUAGUUCACUGUUCCCUAUCCUAUAGUGGUCAACCAUAUACUCCUGCUCCCUCUGUGGCAAUCAAAAGUAUCACUGCUUCUGCCUGCAGUCUGAAGUGAAACAGUCCAGAAUUUCUACCAGCUUAGUUUAUCACUUCAUUCUGAGUCACUGAAAUUGAGGAUUGAAACUUCCAUAGAGGGCAUGUGCUAUUGUCAACUGGAAUCCUAUACACACUUACCUACUGGUAAAUCUCACUGAACUCAGCUGGUUUACUUCUGAGUAAACAUGUACAGCAGACUUGCCCUGUAAAUGCCAUAGCUCUUUCCUAGAAACUGAUGGAAACGCACAAGAGACAGUAGCAGCCUUUCUUUUCAGAGACUUGCUUUAAGAAAUCCUUCCGCCAUCUUGGAAAGUAUGCAGUCCUAAAUUGUACAAAUGGAAUUCAUUGUGACUUUGCUUGGUACUAAUACGUUUGGCAUUUGGAAGUGCUUGGUAUGCAUUAGAACUCUCUCUGCGGAAACAAUACCUUUGUGCAAUUAUUUCUUGUAAUCCCCUCCCCCAGAAGAGCUCCCCCCCUUACAGUUGAUGAAAUCUUUCUCUAAAGGUCUCCAUCUUAACUUUCCAUAACAGACAAUGCAGCAGAUGAGUGACCACCGCUACGACAAGCUUACAGUUCCUGACGACGCUGCAGCAAACUGUAUAUAUUUAAACAUUCCUGGCAAAGGUCACAUCUUGUUGCACCGAGCCCCUGAGGAAUAUCCAGAAAGUGCAAAGGUAAAAAAGCAAAUAGAAUAAAAGCUCCUUCUUACAAGGUGCCGAUCAAUGCUAAACUAAUAGUGGAUGUGUAAGGGAAGGUGUGGAACGUUACUUUAGCCGUGCCUUCAAAUACUAGCCAUUUCUACUCCCCCUUGCACCGAAAUGCUUCUGUGCGUUAAAGAGGAAAAAAGGAGUGGAAAGGUGAAAGUUUUAUGUGCAUGGUGCUAGCAAAAAAAAUUAAGCAAUGGGUCUUGUGCUGUGAAUUCCAACAGCUUUUCUUAGCUGCUCCAGGUGAUGGCACAAAGGUCGCCAUUUCCAAGGAUGUACCUGAGGGCAGAGCAUUUUUGUAUCAUUCACAUGUGUUUUCAUAACUAAGCAUAGGAGACCUGGUCACAGCUCCUGAUGCUUAAGUUGAUCCUUCAUAGCUCUUGUAAGUUUUCCAUCAUCUCUGCUCUGUAAAGGAUUCAGAGUGCAGGUUUGGGAUACUUGCUGCUACUGUAGUACUGUUUGGUUUAAUCAGUUCUAUAAGUGAUGCUGACACAUGCUGCAAUUUUUAAUCACCUGAUAGUUGUGCAGGUCUUUCCUUGGUUCACGCCAUUAGUGCGCUUGCAUUUUUUGCUCCGAUGAAUCAUUUUCCUGUAUCCCCUUUCCAGUUUUAACAAUUCGCUGGACCAAGAGAGGUUUUUAACCAGGCCUCCAGAAAGCGCUCCCCCUAAAGGCCUCUUUUUAGCCCUCGUCAGACUGAAAUAUGUGCUCCCAGUGUGAUCUGGGAGCUGUAGACUUGUGUGUGUGAGAGAGAGAGAUUUCCAAGUCAGAACAGUGGGGGGAGGCAUAAGUAAAUAUGUAACCAAAGCACAAUUUUAGCAGCGCAACCUCUUAUUUAAAUACUUAGAAACCGUUUCUGUGAGAGUAAGAAAUUCGCAAAUAUAACACCUUUCCCCUCUUGUUUCUUUUCCCCCCCUAAAUAGGUCUUUGAAAAACUGAAGGACCACAUGUUGAUUCCUAUAGCGAACACAGAGCUUGAAAAAAUAGAUGGGGCGCUCACUUGUUGUUCUGUCCUUAUUAAUAAAACUUCACAAUUAUGA